AUCAUUCAGUCUCUUUGGUGCAACCCGUGUGUAAAGAUCGGAACCUAGUCGUGUGAAAAAUUAGUUGAGCUCUAGUGAAGUAAAUUAUUACCCUGCCGCCCCGCCCUGUUCUGUGAAUGAUCAACCAGAUCAAGUGUAUCAAUCGAGUAUUUGCUUCGCCUUCGCCCUUAACAACCUGCUUGAUCAACAUUGGUAACAUCAUCAGCUUAAAGCCUCACACCGCUCCAGAAAAUUUGGAUUUGGAACUUUGCCGGUUAUGCGAAAGAAAAUAUUAAAUAUCCGUGAAAAUUAGUUGAUCGUGCGUGCGUCUCUUUCUCUCUACUGCACUCCGACCGUCGGUUCGUGCGCGAUCGGUCGAUUUUCCCGGCUGGUUCAGGUUCAGUUUGCGUGUGUGUUUCGUUUACACAAUUUUUCGCGAUUAUUUUUGGAUUCUAACAUCAUCCGCGCCGUCCGGUAGAGGCGCGAAGGAAUAUCCACCAGGCCCAUAUCCAAGCGGCUAAUUGAGGCAGUGUGUUCGUUCUGUUGUUGGUGCAGAAAGAUCUGACCGCUACCGCGAUCGCCUGUGGUUGCGUGUGUGUGUUUGUGCAUGUUUGCUUGAGUGUACACGGAAAAUCGAUCCGCGAGUUGUGCUGUUGAUUUCUAGUGUUCACCAACGCUCCGGGAGGAAGAUCAAACUUCCGAGUAGAAAAUCGUGUUCUGGAAAUUCCGAAGCAAAUUAGUGGAUGUGAAAAUUUUCCUUUUAAAACCAGCACCAGUGUAAAGUGUAAGUGAACCGACCUGACCGACGAGGAUGGAAUCGACUGGGAGUAACGGGGUUACAUCGUUGGAUGAGCUCCAGCGACAGUUGCACGAAAAUAUGGCCCAGGUCACAGCACCUUCGCCUGCGGUUCCCGCUCAGAUUGCAACGACUAUUAGUACUAUCGUGCUGCAGGGUGGUCCCCUGCAACUUGUAAUUGCCCUGCUGAAGAGUGGCGAAAGAUUGUACAUCAAAGUUGCUGAUCUGCUGCCAAAGUUCACAUUUCUGGGACCCAGUCUGGACGAUGCGUUGAACCUUCAACGUGAACACGAACAGUUGCUACGACAAAUUCAGAACCUACCGACGCCACUGGAGGAAUUCUAUCACAAAGUACAGGAAAAGAUCGCUUCCAACCAGCGACCAGAUCCAAUUCUAAUCGAAGAAAUGGCCGCCUCACUCGGGUUGGUGUGGCAGGACGUGAAAAAGAUGCUUCAGGAGCGACGAGAUAUUAUCCUACUGAAUGUAAGCUUUUUCGAGCGACUCGGAGAAUGCUACGGUAAAAUGAGCUCACUGGAAGUGGCCUGUAACGACACAAUGAUUCCGAUCGAAAUCGAAGCAGUCCAGGAGUUUCUGGAAUCGUUCAAAUCUCUUCGCACCGAAAUGCUCGCAUCCAUUUCCAGCGCCCUGAAGGUAGGCAAUCAGAUGCUGGAUAAACUCAAAGAGUUGGCUAACAUCGGAACGCUGGACUCACGGCCCAACCACAUCAAACAGGAUGCUCUGCACGCAGUCAGUCAGGUUGAACGGUGGCUGGAAGAUCUAUCGAACCGACGGAACAAUCUCGAAGUGGCCUGGCAAUCCCGCAAAAAUCAACUGGAGCAGUGUCUCACCCUAGCGAUCCUCGCCAAAGAACUCACCGAUAUCGAAUACAGUCUGAAUAGUUCCAAAAACUCCAAUCUCAGUUCCUUCACGCUCGGUGAUUCCUCGGAGCAGGCUCGAGAUUUGCUAGAAAUCUAUCAAAAUCUGAAACCAGAAGCGAUGCUACUUCGAGACAAGUCCCUAAAAAUCACGAAAGCCACCGAAGAGCUCGUGUCAACGGGAUGUUUCGCAGGUGACGAAGCCUGUUCGAAAGCCUACAGUAUUCUCGCGGCUUGUACGGAAUUUUUGGACGAAAUCGACCAUCGUGAAUCCUUGCUAAGUCAAUCGAGGGAAUUUUUCGGUCGAGCUGAAAAUCUUCUCAGUAAGCUAUCUCAAAUCGAAAUCGAACUCAGUAAUUUACACAUGCGGCCAAGCUCACCGACGGCUUCGGCUCUACAGAUUAAGGCACUGCAAGAAGUUUCCGCCACGGUCGGUGACAUUCUCCAGUCCGGUUACUCGCUGAUAGACGACGUCGGACGAACUAAACCGGAAGUAGCCGGUGUACAGGAGAUGGUCGAACGAAUCGAACAAAAGAAGAUUGCCUUCGAACGGUACUGUUUGCAGCAAAGUGAACAAAAUUUACGAUUGACCGAGGCACUGAAUGACUUCCUCGAGCGGUACAAUCAGUUAUUCCAAUGGCUAGACGAAACGCGCCAACAACGGAUAGUACAAGGCGACGGCAUCCACGAAAUGGGAAUCAACUUGACCGAGGCGAAGGAAUGUUUGUUGUUGCAUCACCAGCUCCUGAACGAUUUGGAGAUCAAAGGCAACGAAAUAAACAACCUGCUGGUCCGGUUGACCCCGAGCUUGGAAUAUCUGGAGGACGAGCAGCGCGACGACGUCCAGCAGAAGAUCGACGUUAUCCGGCAAAAGUGGAUCGAGCUGAAAAAUUACAUCAUCGUUCGGGUCGAUCUGCUAAAACUGUACAUUCGAUUUCACCAGGAGACGGAAACGCUGCGGAAUCUGUUCGAAUCAUUCGAGAUCCAGAAGGCAACGUUCCGCCACGUGGACAACGACAAACCGCUGCUGCAGGCGGCACUGGACAAUAAUCGGCAACAGUUGGCACAACUGAAACUGAUCGGAGAGCAGUGCAUCGACGAUUUGGAGAAGGUUGCGGAUCCCUAUCUGCAGAAAGCUCGGGCCGCGCAGUGCGUCGAUCGGACGCUAACCGAACUCAACACCCGUCAGUUGGCCAUCGGUGAUGAGUGGGAACGCUGGAACGCCCAACAGCAAGCGGAACGGACUCUAAACGAAAUUAUGGCCGCCAACAUGGAAACCCUGGCCGAUGCUACCAAGUUGGAAGAGCAGCUCUAUCCGAUUUUCAAUACGGCUUCGGACAAUCCGGCCGAUCUGAGUGCAUUCAUUGGAUUGAAACUGAAUCAGAUCCAGGCGGAUAUUCGGGCGGCAGAAAAUGAGCUUACGAAACGAUUUGAAUCAAUCGAUCAGCUCGCAUCCACCGGAACUGACUCCGGUGAAAAAGUGGUUCAAGUGAAAAACAGUUUGAACUCAAUCAAAACCAAGCUACAUACGAUCGCGGCGGACUUUCAGGAGCUUGCCUCCGUCGUGGAUCACUUCCUUCGGUCCGUUUCGACCUGUCGCGAUAACAUCAAAGAUUAUUUCGCCCGUAGGCAAACGGUCACCGGACCGGAAAGUGUGGAAUCCAUCACCAACAGUUACGAACAGUUUAAGCAGAACACGAUGGAGUACUUCCGGAAUUUACUGCAACAGAGCGAGCAGAUCAUUGAACGCAUCAAAACCCAGGAACCGCCAGGUGCGAAGGAACAGGACACCGAUAAAAUCAUAACACUGCUGGAAAAUCUACGAACCUACUUCGAAACACAAACCGAAUCGGAAAACUCGGAACUCCGGAAGCAACACGCGGUGAUCGCGUUCGAUAAGAACCUGCACGAGAUCCGGACGGAAAUCGGAACCAAAGUGGAACAGUUGAACCGAGGCCGGGGAAACUAUGGCGAGAACACCGACGGGGCGAGACGUAAUCUGGUGGUUAUCGAGAAGUUUGAGAUCGAGCUACAGGAGCUGAGUGGCAAAAUUGAUGAUUUUGUCAGUGCUUCUCAAAGUCUAAGCAGUCAGUAUCCGGAAACAUCACCGUACGUUCACUCAGAAGCAACUAAAGUUCGUAGCGAUUGGGCCGAUUUAUUGAACAAGACCCAGGAGUACCGACAGCUGAACACGGUUGCCAUCGAUUACUUCGAGCUUAUUUCAUUGGUGGAAAACAACUACCGCAAUUUGAACGCGGACCUCAUCAACGCCAACAACAAACUGUCGAUCUUGAAUAAUACGGAUCUUGCGAAUGAUCUGGUCCAGCAGAUCGAUAACAUUCUGAAGGCGUACGAAACUCAACAGUUGGACACCUUAAAGCAGAUUUCCACGCUAUCAUCGCAAUUGUACGGCCAUGACAGCACAGUCGGACUGUACAACGACAAUCUGAAGCUGUUUCAAACGUUCUACAAGAUCAAAGGUGACAUAAAUGAUCGCGCGAAACAGCUCACCGAAUUGCAACAGCAAGCCGAGGUUCAGAAGAAUGGCUUCCAAGAGGAAAUAACAUCGGCAUCGGUACACACAACGACACACAGCACCUUACCGAAACAACCGUCCAUCGACAUUCAGACCAUCGACGAAGCUCAGUACCUUCAAGAACCACAUCCAGCGCUGGUAAUCCAAACUGUUGAGGAGUCUGUCCAUGAGCAAAUUCACGAAAUCAUCACUGCCACAGAGCCAGCACCGUCGCUGACAAUUCCGCAACCUCUCUCUGACGUGACAGUCCAGGAAGGCCAGAGAAUCCAGAUGCAAUGCGUAAUUUUCGGUCAUCCAACGCCAGCGAUCGAAUGGUUCAAGGACGGAAUAAGCAUCCAAAACAAUCCCGACUACAAAACCUUCUUCGAGAAUGGCCUGUGUGCUUUGACGAUCGAUGAAACUGUAACGGCCGAUUCGGCCGAAUUCCUAUGCCGGGCAAUCAACGAGGCAGGAAUUGCGGACACCGUUGGAAGACUGAUCGUUACGGAAUUGGCACCACCGCCACAGCCUCAAGGCGUACCACCGAUGUUCGUGCAGAAACUUUCCAAUGGUACGGCCACCGAGGGACAACCGUUCCAAUACUCCUGCACCGUCACAGGUAAUCCUCUGCCGGUGCUCCACUGGUACAAGAAUGACACUUGCAUAGACACCUCACCCGACUACAAGAUCUCACUCGAUCCGGUUCGGGGCGAGGCGGUGCUUCGCUUCGAGCAGGUGUUUCUCGAAGAUCAAGCCCGUUACACCUGCCGGGCGAGCAACGAGUGCGGCACCGACGAAACCGCGGCCGAACUGGCCGUUGAGCCACUGGAACCAACGGAAUACCCCAACUUCACCGUCCCGCUUUCCAACGCCAUGGCCCGCGUAGGCCAGAAAAUCAAACUGGAAGCCGAAGUCAGUGGCACUCCGCCACCCGAGGUCAUGUGGAGCCACGAUGGAAAACAUUUCUCCAACCGGGAAGUGAAGUUCUUCUACGAAAACGGCAGAGCGCAAUUGGUCAUAGACGAGGCAUUCCUGAAGGAUGCUGGUGUCUACACGCUAACUGCCAAGAAUAUCGCCGGUGAAAAGUCCUGCUCGUGUAAUGUUGUUGUGAAAGGUCGACUACCGAACGAAACGUCCGAUUCCGAAUUAGCAAGUGAUAUGGAACCAGUAAAACCGUCCGUCCAGCUCCAGCUCAAGGAUGUUGCAGUGUUUGAGGGAAAACCAGUCCGACUGGAUUGUGUGAUCGUCGGUCUACCGGAACCGGAAGUGAUCUGGUACCACGGUGAACGGCCCGUCAAGGAAUCCACCGAUUUUCAGCUACUCUUCCAAGGUGAUCGCUGCUCGCUGGUGAUACGUGAGGCAUUUCUAGAAGAUGGUGGCGAGUAUCGUGUUGUCGCUAUUAAUAGCGCUGGUGAAGCUUCGAGCAAGUGUAAUCUAAUUGUAACACCACUGAACAUCGCGGAACCUGCCGUACGUCAGCCAGUUGAUCGUAUCCUGCCAGUACUGGGAGCGCCACCAAAGUUCGAACGACUGCUCAGUGACAUCCUUGCUACGGUCGGUGAAAAGUGCCAGUUCGAGUGUGCCGUCAGUGGUGAUCCCCGUCCGAACAUCAGGUGGUUUGUGAAUAAUCGUGAAGUCGAAGAAAACCCACGUGUACAUUCGGUAUUUCGCGAGGACGGUGUCGUGAAACUGGUGAUCGAACAGGUGUUUCCCGAAGACAAAGGUGUGUACACGGUGAAAGCUUUCAAUCCAUCCGGUGAGGCAAAGUGUUUCUCGAAUCUGAUCGUGAAGUCCGUUAAUGCCUCUGAGUUUGAAACCGUACCGGCUUUCCUCAGCGAUAGUGUUGUGUGUCCGACCUUCAAGGAACUGUUUGCCGAUCGCACUGUGAAACUUCACGAUUCAACGAAAUUCGAGUGCAUAGUCGUGGGUAAACCGCAGCCUAAGAUACGAUGGUUCUUCAACGAUAGGCCCGUUCAGGGACAUGAUUUCCUAGUUUCGACUAGUGGCGAUCGUCAGGUACUUGCAAUUCCGGAGGUAGUUCCCGAGUUGGCUGGUAAGAUCACUUGUCUAGCGGAAAACGAAGCAGGACACGCACAGUGCGUAGCGUUCAUUCAACUUUCGGAUGCGUUUGGAGCAGCAUCAUUGCAACCUCGAGUAAUGGCCGAAUCGAUGCAGCAAGUAGACAAUACCGGUUCGUCUACGGUGACGCUUCAGAAGCAGGUAACCACAUCAACCUCGUCCUACUCGUCCUCGACGGUUGUCGAGAACGGAGUAUCCCAAUCCGAGGUUCACUCGCAAUCGGCCCAUUUGGACCGUUCGUUCAAGAAAGUUGGUGACGAAGCACCGGAGAUUUCCGAAUCGAAACAAUUCGCUCAGUACCAUCAGACGAACGACCAACCGCCAUCAAUUCAGCAAGAAUCUUCGAUACUCAACAUCGCAAACAACAACACAUCCGAAAUGCACGCAACGAUCAUUGCUAACUCAGGGCAAAUCAGUACCGGUAAGCCAGCGAGACGUAGCUCGGCACCUCGGUUCGUGUCACCGUUUAACGGGAAGAUCGUCGAUCAAGGAGCCGAUGUGGUGUUCGAGGGAAUUAUCGAUGGAUAUCCGACACCCGAAGUGGCGGUCACGAAGAACGAUCUGCCGCUGCAGCCGGACGGAGAACGUAUCAGUUUGUCCUAUUCACUCAACAAGAUCGUACUCGAACUGAAGAACGUAUCCACCGUGGACGCAGGACGAUACACCGCAACAGCUUCGAAUUCAGCCGGUGCCUCAUCAACGACCGCCGAUCUAGUCGUCAAGAAAUCUAUCUUUCCACCAGUAUUCGGUAGACGCCUGCAGGCCCAGAGUGUCAGCCGUGGCGAUCGAGUCAUUCUGAGUGCCGAAGUGACGGGAACACCGGAACCGUCCGUGUAUUGGUUCAAAGAUAACCAACCCGUCGAGAACGCACUGCUCCCGGGAAGCUACAGUUUGCAGCAAGUCGGGCCGUGCUUCAAGCUGAUCUUCGAACAGAUCGACCUGGCGGACGCCGGAAAGUACAUGUUGCUAGUCAAGAACGAUGGUGGCGAAGCGCAAAGUAUCGCCGAUAUUGCAGUGCUGGACGCGGAACCCCAGCCACAAUCACAAUCUCAAUCUCAAUCACAGAAACGCGUCUCUUUCGUGGACACUGAGCAGCCACCGUCCGAUGUACCGCGCGAAGGUCCAAUUCCCGGUAAUUCGGGUUUCACUGCCCAUCACGAGUUUUCUGCCGAAUCGAAACUGCAAGGUCCAUCCACCGAGUCCACUAUCGUUACCGAAACGCGUCGCACAACCGAAGCCACCAUGCGAAUGGAGCACAAGAUUAGCUUUCCUGAUCUGCCGAUUACAUUCUCACAGCGUACACAAACACCAACGAUUCCACUGGUAUCCGAGGGAACCAUGGUACAGACUGACCUACAGACAAGCGCUACCAACACAGAUCGGGUGGCGACGAAAACCGACGCUACUCAAACACCAAUACCACUCCAACUACAGCCACCGGCCCAACUGUUGAAGACUGAGGCCACACAAACUGCUCCGCAGGUGGAACCAAGACCCCGUCCACCGGUAGAAGAACUCAAAACUGAAACCAAGCGGAGUGCGUUCCAAUUCUUUGAGAAAAUCACCUCCAAUGGAACCACUGAAUCCCCUUCAGUGGCUCCAUCGGCAUUCAUACCAAAGCCAAAAACAGUCAAGCCACACAAACCUUCAGUUGCAAUCGAUCAAACACAUCAAUUGGUAGGUCCAGAAAGACUAAUCUAUCAAUCAUACUCUCCCGGACAAGAUAUGAAAAGCUAUCAGCCUCCGGCAACUCAACCCUCAUACGUUCCAUCAUUCGAACAAUCAUCAACUAGUGAAACAACAACGAGCACGAGCUACCAAACGGCUAAAAAGGUCGAGUUCCUCCAGCCACGUCCUGUGGUCGUACCGACCCCACCAAUCUAUCACGAAGAACCGCAUCAACCAAUAUCGAAAACAUCGCUCAUUCCCAACAACGACCCAUCUCCGUCCCAUCCAAUACCAUUGAUUGUAACUCAAGAACCGCCAAUUCAUCGACCUCAAGCUAGCACGCCACACCUGGAGCGAGCACGUAGCUCUUCUCCUCGUCCGUCGGCGGAAGCCAUCGUAAUGGAGAAACUAUGGACCGCUCCAAAAACAUCCGGUUUUGUCACAUUACCACGCACCAAGUCAUCUACCACUUCCACCGCUCGUAGACAAUCACUAGAGAGUAGUAGUAAACGCUCAACACCUAAAUCCGAAUUUCAGCCAGUGCAAAAUAGCUUCUGUAGCCAACAGCAGCAGCAGCUUCAGCAGCACCAACAACAGAUGUAUUCGUCAUUUGCCACGACUCACCAGUUCCAAGCGUCGUCAAUGUCACAGCAGCAAUAUUCGCAAUAUAUGCAAUAUCAGCCCUACAAACCUUCCGAACCGGUUCCAAUCCUAGCUCCACAACCGGUUUUCACUCCGGCUCCCCAACCUACUGUCCAACUGCCAAGAACCUUUGUCCCAGCACCUGCACCAGCUCCCGCACCGAUCUUCGCUCCUGUGCCACAGCCUGUUCAACUACCGAAAGCCUUCGUCCCAGCACCUGCACCAGUUCCAGCUCCAGCUCCUGCUCCGUUUAUCGCACCGGCACCUCAACCACCAACAACGUUUAUCCCAUCACCAGCUCCACAGCAAUUCAAACCUGCUCCACAGCAAUACGCUCCCGCACCACCGGUCCCUGUGGCGCCAAAAUAUGCACCUGCACCAAUUCCUGAACCACUGUACACUCCGGUCCAUCACUCCCUUGCUACAGCUCCGUCUAACCUACCGUUCGUUCUUGGACCAUCCUAUAAUCAAACUCCGCAACCAUACAAACCACUCCCUCCACCUUCCAUUACGCCCAGUCAGCAAAAUUAUUCCUCAACUCCACUCGAAUUCCAACCAAUUCAAACAAAUUUUGAACCACCGGUGCAAACCUUCGCUCCCGAGCCGUACGUGCCAGCACCGGCUCCUCCAAUCUACGCUCCAGCUCUCGAACCGUACGUUCCCGAGCCUAUCCCACAAACGUUCGCACCAGUUCCCGAACCCGCGGUACCACAAAUUUACCAGCAACCACAGCUGCAACAGUCCCAGUUCGUGGACUACGCCCAGCAGCAACAGUAUCUCGAACAGCAAGAAGAAAUCUACAAGAAGAAAUCCGUCAAGGAGACAAAGGAACUGUUCGAGCAAUCAUUGAAACAACAACAGCAGGAGCUGUACGAUCUGAAAGCUCCACGAAUGAUCCAACAGAUGGCCUAUUCACCAACCAAAGCUCCGCUUACUCUGCCGUCUGACUUUGGCUACAGCCCGGCCGAAAUAGGACUCGAGCCGGGACCGCAGCCUACGAUGGGAUACGCUCCGAAACUCUCGAACGAACGCAAGAGCUCCUACUAUCGUGAGAAGAUCGAACAGUCGCUGUUCGAGAGCAUGGAUAAAGUGCCGGAACGUGUUCCGGCUGGCGGUGUCAAGAUUAUCCCGCCCAGCCCACGCAAAAAGCCACAACCGGGACAGUCGGAUACCGCCGGGAUGACUCCUGCAUCGUUCGAGCAGCCAUCGGAAGCAAAGAGUACGCCAACCGUUGGAGCCAAGAGCCCAUUUACGGCGACCGAAAGCGAGUACGAGAGCGAUAUGGACGUAAAUCGGAAGAUGAACGGAGUCAGCGGUUAUUUGGCCGACACGGAGGAGGUCCAGAAGACGGUUUCGUUCAGCGAGCAGAAGUUUGAGAGUUACAGUAGCAGCAGUACCAAGACCGAGAGUGUGGUAAUCAGUGGAACCGGGACGCAGCAGGAGCAAAAGGUGGAAUCGACCGAAUCGAAGGUCGACACGGUUGAGGAUGCAUCGACAGUGGCCGCAGCGCCAACCGUGACUGGUGAUGACAGCAGCGAAGUCCAGCAACAACAAGAACAACAACAGCAAGCAGCUGAGCAGCAAGUUGUCACCGAAGAGACUAUCAAGGAAUCCCGAACGACCGAAGAAGGAAUAAAGAAUUUCCUCGUCAAUAAUGACUUACCGGAGGAUUUACAACCCGUGAAGGUGCUGCCAACUGAAGAACCGCUACCGAUUCUUAAGAAGGUUCCAGUUCCAGCAGCAGUUUUCCAGCCGGAACCGGAGCCAGUGCAAGUGCCGGAAACAAUACCUGCACCACAAGAACCGGCUCCCGUGGCAGUGUCAGUGCAAGCUCCACAGCAAAAUGGAUAUCCGUCGGCAAGUGAUUAUGAGAGUGAUUUCGAGAAGAAAGCUACCCCCGUGUGGCAACCGACUCCGUCAGCCGAUCUAGCCGAUCUGGCUUACAAGCCCGUGCAUCCGGUAUUUGUUCCGCCAAAACCACACGAAACUGGUCCAGCUGCAGCACCGCCAUCAGUAUUUGAUCCGAUCGAUAAAAUCAAACCGACAAUUCAAGCUCCCGUGCUCAGCGAAAUACCGAAGAUCGAAAAACCUACGCCCAUUAGUUACACCCAAAGUCAAACCACUCAGCAAUCCUUCCAGCAACAGAGCAGUUCUUCCUUCCAGUCCUAUCAGCAGCAAACUUAUCAACAGCAAAGCUACGAACAGCAAAGUUAUCAGCAGCAGUUCCCCCCCGUGGAACCGACCACGGCUCUUUAUUAUACAUCUGUCACGGGUGAACCUGUUCACAACACGAUCGCUACCGAAACGUCCAACACUUUGCAUUCGAAGGAAACCACGGAAAGCAGUAAUCGCGUUGUCAACAUUUCACAAACUCAAAGUUUUAUUAACGUGGAGCCCCAGAAACAGGACCAACUGACAACCGUGCAACGACCUGGUCGUUUCACACCGGGAGAACUUCGCGAUAGUGAUCAUGAAUACGACGGAUCGCGCAUUCGGCCGAUGUGGACUCCCAAUCCGUCUGAUAGCGAUGAACCACAUUACCGCAGCGUACGGCCGAACUUUAAGCCACGAUCAGCCAGUGUACCACGAUCCAAUGAACGGAUUCAGACCCCCAUGGAGUUCGAUACCGGUCCGGUGUUGAUGCCAUCCAGAAUCGAUCUAAGCAGUUUGGUUCCGCCGGUCCAACAAGAAGCACCACCGCCCGCCACCGAAACCGUGGAAGUGCUCCAAACUCAAACUCUCAACCGUCAGUCUUCGUUUUCGUCGAAACGACUGGCAACAACGCACGUGCCCCCCAACAUGCGUGACGACAUGGCUGUGAAAGCCCACCGGGUUGCUCCGAUCAACUACAUUCAAAAGGCAACCAAGCAGGCGGAAAGUAUGUCUCAGUCCUUCAAGACCAAGGCGUACCAUUUUAGCAACGAAGUGAUGACCGACAUGCGGAAGACUCCGAUCAAACCGAUCCUGAAAAAUGCCUAUGGCCACCAGGUUCCGGUUGAGCCUGCCGUUGUCCCGGCAGCUCCAGCCCCCCCAACCAGCAAUGCCCAGGCCUACCGAGAGGAAUCGAGGGUGUCCCAGUACGAGCAAUGCCUGGAAACCUGCUACCGCAGCUACCGAGAGUUGCGCCCAAAGGUGAACAAUCCGGAGCGUUUGGAUCACAACGGGUUCCAGGAGCUGUCGCGGUAUUCCGACCAAAACGACUUCAGGCGCACUUCCUAUCAAUCCAUUUGCUUAAUCCAGACCUCGGAAGUGCAACAACAACACGGCGGUUACAUUCAACAGACGUCGACACCGGCCAUCACGUCGGCUCCCCAGACGCCAUCCGCCACCCAGCAGUUCCAGUCAAGCUACGUGAUGCAGUCACCCGGCAUUCCGGCCGACGCGUCACCACCGGUGUUCGAACAGAUCUUCAAGAACUCCCGCUUCGCCCAAGGUGGCAAUGCACUGUUCGAAGGCAAACUCAAAGGUAACCCUAAGCCCGAGGUUUCCUGGACUCGAAAAGGCGCACCACUUCUCGAUUCCACGAAACAUAGGCUCAGUUACAAUCCAGCCACCGGUGUAGUUUCACUGCUGAUCAACCAGAUUGGCCCCGGCGACGAGGGAGAAUACACCUGUAAAGCUAGGAAUGCCGUGGGUGAAGCCAUCUGCUCGGUGUUCAUUCAGCCAGAAGGUAUGCCGGCUCCGCAGUUCCAACAGGUCAAACGGGAACAGCAGCAGAUCAUUCAACAGAAACAAGUUACCACGCAGCAACAGCAGCAGCAGCAGCAGUACACCAACGGAUAUACGCACAUUGAGGAAGAGUUUAAGGUCGAUACUUUCGAGUAUCGAUUGCUGCGGGAAGUUUCCUUCCGUGAGUCGAUUACUCGUCGCUACGCCGGUGAAACUGACGCUCAGUUAAUCACUACCGUUGAUCGUGCGCUCGGUCCACCUGCACCACCACAGAUCAGUCAGAAACCGAGAAACUCGAAGCUAGUCGAAGGAUCCGAUGCUGUUUUCAGCACUAGAGUUAGCGCCAAUCCGAAACCAAGACUGAGCUGGUUCAAAGAUGGUCAACGCAUCAUCCCGUCCGCUGACAAGUACGACAUCAGCUACUCGAACCAGCAGGCUACGUUACGCAUCAAACAGGUCAACUCGAAGGAUUCCGGCCACUACACGUUGCUGGCCGAGAAUAUCCAGGGUUGCCAGGUGUCGUCCGCUAUUCUUGCCAUUGAACCUGCACACGAACAGGUCACCGUAGAGAGAAGCAACCAAGAGGUAAUCGAAUCAACGGAAACGACCAAGGCACUAUCGCCGGCAUUUGUUACGUUGAUUCAAGAUCAAGAAACGACCGAAGGUAAGAUGGCUCGCUUCGAUUGUCGCGUUACUGGCCGUCCAUACCCGGAAGUAGCCUGGUACAUCAACGGCAAACUCGUCACCGACGAUGCCACACACAAGAUUCUGGUCAACGAAGCUGGUAAUCAUUCGCUGAUGAUCACCAGUACCAAUCGGUUUGAUCACGGUAUCGUUACCUGUGUCGCCCGUAAUAAAUGCGGCGAGAUAGCCGCUCAAGCUAAGCUAGUCGUCUGUGAACGAGAACAGGUGGUGGCACCCAAAUUCAUCGAACGUUUUACAACCGUUAACGUGAAGGAAGGCGAACCAGUUCGUCUGUUUGCCCGUGCUAUCGGUACUCCCGUUCCACGCAUUUCGUGGCAAAAGGAUGGGGUACCGUUGCUCCCCGGUCCAGAUGUGCAAAUUCUUUGGGACGAUAAUGGUUCGACUACGGUUGACAUCCCACGAGCGAAGACGUCGGACGCUGCCUGGUAUCAGUGUACCGCGCAGAAUGUUGCCGGUACCACGGCUACCCGUGCUCGUCUUUUCGUCGAAACUCCGAAGGGACCAGCACCGGAACAGCGCCGUCUCAAUCUACCACGGCCCACCAAAGUUAUCCAGCCUGAACCUGCUCCGGAACCCGAAAUCAUCUUUCUACGUCAUGUUGAACGCGCCGCACCUCAUGUGCCACAGAAGGAGGAAGAUCGCGUCUAUCCACCUCCCAAGUUCACUAUCCCGCUGAACGACGUUGCACAGGUUGAAGGCGGCAAGGUACAUUUUGAAGCCCGCAUCGAACCCGUCUCCGAUCCGACGAUGCACGUCCAGUGGUUCAUCAAUGGAAACUUAAUUCAAGCAAGCUCCCGUGCCAAUACGACGUUCCAGUUCGGAUACGUUGCACUGGACCUGCUGAGCAUUGUCCUGGAGGAUAGUGGAGAGUACACGUGCCGCGUGUCUAGCUCAACCGGUGUGGCUGAGUCACGUGCUAUGCUGAGCGUUCAGCCCAAACCUCCGAUCGAACAACAAUCUCAACAUCCGUCUGCCCUAGAGCAGAUGCAAAACCUCGAAGAUUACAGCAAAUACGUUCGCACCGAGAGUAUUGAGGAAGUGAUCAACCAGAAGCCAGCUUUCACUCGCCCACUGCAAGACUUGGGCCAGUUGGAAGAGGGCAGAAAUGCUCAUUUUGAGGCUCAAAUCACACCGGUGAGCGAUCCAACAAUGAGAGUAGAAUGGUACAAGGACGGUCGCCCGAUAACGGCCAGCUCCAGAAUUACCGCUAUCUUCAACUUCGGUUAUGUCUCCUUGAAUAUUAUGCACCUUCGAGCGGAAGAUGCAGGCACCUACACCGUGCGUGCCGUAAACCAUAUCGGUGAAGCGAUCAGCACGUCCCAAAUUACUGUCAUCAGCAAGGCUGCUGUUACGGGAGAUUUGGGUAUUGCUGAGCAACAGAAUUAUAUCCAAAAGGUGGAAGAAUUGGAACAGUAUCAGAAGUACCAGAACAUGAAAUUCUACGAGGAAACUCCGGAGAGUACCCAGCGUCCGGAAUUCAAAGCUCCCAUUACCGAUCAGUUGAACAUCCGUGAAGGUGGCUUUGCUCAUUUCGAGGGCCGUUUGGAACCAGUCAGUGAUCCUACGCUUCGCGUCGAAUGGUUGAAGGAUGGUCACCCGAUCGAGGCCAGCUCACGUAUUACAACUUUCUGUAACUUUGGUUACGUCGCGCUGACCAUCAAACAGGUCACGAUUCACGAUGUUGGUUAUUAUACUUGCCGUGCCUACAACUCCUUAGGCGAAGCUCACGUCAGUGGUAAAUUGACGGUCGUUACUCGUCAGGAUAUCAUCGUAGAUUCGCAAACCAGCCAUAUGGGCAUGGAGAAGAUUCAAUACUUGGAAGAUGCAUCCAGAUAUACUCGCUCUACCCACGAGGAACAACAAAUUAUUUCAACUCCACCACGCUUCUUGGGUCCACUGAAGGCUACCAACAAAAUUGUCGAGGGACAGCGUGCUCAUUUCGAGGCCCGCUUGGAACCCCAGUCCGAUUUGACGAUGCGUGUCGAAUGGUAUCACAACGGGCGCCCGGUAAUGAGUGCUAACCGUAUUCAGACCUAUCACGACUUCGGAUACGUGGCGAUGGAUAUCCUAGAUGUACGCGGCGAAGACUCCGGAACCUACACGUUGGUCGCUACAAACAGCGCUGGACAGGCUCAACUGGAUACCCAGAUGAUCGUCGAAACUCGGUCAGCCAUCGAUACGACAAGCAUGCAUCAUGUUGUUGAGCGCACUCAUCAAAAGCAAGAAACUGAAUUCGUCGAACCGCAGUACCAAAUUGAGGAACUGUGCAAGUCGAAACCUAUCUUCAUCCAGCCACUGUCGGAUCCACAGCCUAUCGGAGAAGGUCGCAACAUUCAUCUAGAGUGUAAACUGGAACCCCUAGGCGAUCCAACCAUGCGCGUUGAAUGGUUCCAAAAUGGCCGCCCGAUAACGAUUGGUUCCCGUUUCAAGACCUACUACGAUUUUGGUUUUGUGGCUCUCGAUAUUCUUCACUGUACGGCACUGGACUCCGGAGAGUACACCGUCCGUGCCACAAAUCAACUCGGAAGCUCACAUACUUCUGCCUGCGUACGUGUUAUCACCCGUUCGGACAUUAUAACUGACUCACAAAGUGAAAUGACCGCCGAACAGCUUCAGUAUCUGGAAGAUGGACGUCUGCGUCGUGAUGUUCUCGAAGAUAUCACCGUCAUGUCGCCGCCACAGUUCGUCCGUCCAUUGCACAACAUUGAGACGCACGAGGGAACUAACAUUCACUUGGAAUGUCGUCUGCAGCCGGUCGGUGAUCCUUCUAUGCGCGUCGAUUGGUUCGUCAAUGGACACCCCGUCAAGAUCGGUCACCGUUUCCGUCCAGCCUAUGAGUUCGAUUACGUUGCUCUCGAUUUACUCGGUGUUUACGCUGCAGAUUCAGGUGUGUACACCUGCCAGGCUCGUAACUCUCUCGGCGAAGCCGUCACAUCUUGUUCGGUCCGAAUUGUGGCCAAAAAAGAUCUUAUCCUAGAGACACAGUAUCCAGCAGGUCUUGAAAAAUUACAAUAUCUAGAGGACAUUUCGCGCUAUCGUAAAACCGAAUUCGUAGAUGAAAUUGUGAAUGUAAAACCACGAUUUGUAACACGUCCGAAAAAUAUUGACCGUGCUUUGGAGGGAGGACAUGCCCACUUCGAAUGCAAGCUAGAGCCUGUUACGGACACGAAUUUGAAGGUCGAAUGGUACAAAAAUGGUCAUCCAAUAACCAUCGGGCACCGGUUCCGACCAAUUCAUGAUUUCGGUUAUGUUGCUCUUGAUAUUGUGGACUUGAUUGCCGAGGAUUCGGGAACCUACAUGUGCAGGGCCGUUAACCUGGUCGGUGUAGACGAAGUAGCCGUCCAGUUGAUCUGCCGUGGAUCCCAACAGAUCUUGACCACCACUCAGAACGAACUGGGUCUGGAACAGAUUCAAUACUUGGAAGAAAAAGCGAAACAUCAACGUUCCGAUUAUGGUGAUGAUAUGCCAUCGCAGGCUCCAACUUUCACAACUUCAUUGAAGCAUAUUGAGAUCAAGGAAGGUCAAAGGGCUCACUUCGAGUGCCGUCUUAUCCCAGUUUCGGACUCCACACUUCGCGUCGAAUGGUACCACAACGAUGCUCCAGUGAAAUCUGGUUCUCGUUUCACCGAAACCAAUAAUUUUGGAUUCGUUGCACUGGAUAUUAUGGGAUGUUUGGCUGAGGAUUCCGGUACGUACACUUGCCGUGCAGUAAACGCCCUCGGUGAAGCCGUCACUUCGGCUGCUUGUGUUGUCCACACGCGUAAGAGUAUCUACUCUGAGUCACAGCACGAACAUGCUUUGUCAAGCUUACGUUAUUUGGAAGAUAGUUCACGCUAUCAACGGGAAACGGAAGUCGAUGAGAUUAUCACUCAAGCCCCAGUGUUUACUCUACCGGUGAAGGAUGUAAAGGUUGCCGAAAAUCAAGCCGUUCAUUUUGAAGCUCGAUUGAUUCCAGUUGGAGAUCCCAAAAUGCGCGUUGAGUGGUUACGAAAUGGAGUUCCCAUCGAAGCAUCAAACCGUAUCACAACGAUGCACGAUUUCGGGUACGUUGCGUUGAAUAUGAAGUAUGUCAAUCCGGAAGAUUCAGGAACGUACACAUGCCGCGCAACCAAUGAUCUAGGUCAGGCCGUAACCUCUGCCAAGCUAAUGGUUCAAUCUAAGGCUGCCCUUGACUUGGAAACCCAAAACGAAAACGCACUGGAAAAGAUUCAUCAACUGGAAGAUGCCGUUCGUUAUUCGCGCAAGGAAGAAGAAGAAUUUGUUGUCACACAAAAACCCAAAUUCACUACAAAACUGCAUGGACCGACCAAUUUGGUGGAACAGCAAAGUGCCCAUUACGAAUGCCGUAUCGAACCGUAUCCGGAUCCGAACUUGAAGGUCGAAUGGUUCCAUAACGGUCAACCACUGACCACUGGACAUCGAUUCCGAACUACCUACGAUUUCGGAUUCGCAGCACUCGAUGUACUUACCGUGUACGCCGAAGAUUCCGGAGAAUACACCUGUCGAGCCACCAAUUAUCUCGGUUCGGAUACUUCUUCGAUCACUUUGAAUGUACAGUCCCGUGCAGGAAUCGUUCGUGACACCCAGCAUGAAGGUGCCUUGGAGAAGAUUCAAUAUCUGGAAUGCGAUGCACGCUACGGACGUAAGUCUGACGAAGAACACUUUAUCGCUGAGAAACCACAGUUCGGUCGUCCACUGAAGAAUGCCAGCGUCGCAGAAGGAUUACCAGUUCACCUGGAAGCCACACUCACUCCGGUCAACGAUCCGACGAUGAAAGUUGAAUGGUACUGCAAUGGACGUCCGAUUCAACAGGGCCAUAGGUUCAAGACAACUUACGAUUUUGGUUUUGUUGCUCUCGACAUUCUGUACGCACACGCUGAGGACACUGGUACCUACAUGUGUAAGGCGAAGAAUGCGGUUGGGGAGGCUGUUACGACAUGCGCUGUUAAAGUUACAGCAAAUGCUGGAUUAUACUUAGAGACAUUGGAUGAACAGCGUUUGCAGAAGAUCAAAGAAUUGGAGAGCUACCAGAAACCACAGACCCCGGAGAUUGAGCAGGCUAAACAAAAGCCGGUAUUCCUCACACCGUUGACGAAUCUAGAGAACUUGAAGGAAGGUGACUAUGCCCAUCUCGAGUGUCGCGUUGAACCUAUCAACGAUCCAAACUUAAAGAUUGAAUGGUUCACCAAUGGAAAAUCCAUUCGAGCUGGUCAUCGAUUCCGUACAACUCACGACUUCGGUUACGUUGCCUUGGAUAUUCUGUACGCCUACGGUGAAGAUAGUGGUACCUACAUGUGUAAGGCAACCAAUUUGGUUGGCGAAGCUGUCAGCACAUGCAACAUUCGGGUAGUGAAUAAGCGCAGUAUCAUUUUCGAUUCGCAGCACCCCGAUGGUUUGGAGAAAAUCCAGAAACUUGAAGCACAAGCUCGUCCAUCACGUUUGGAGCUUCAGGAACCCGAAAUUGUUGCGCCCCAUUUCGUUACCGAGCUUCGUGGUACCACUGAGAUCAACGAAGGGCAAACUGCUCACUUUGAAGCCCAAGUUGUACCGAUUCAUGAUCCGAAUCUUCGCAUCGAGUUCUAUCAUAACGGAAAACCUCUGCAGUCCGCUUCUCGAUUCCACAUCACCUUCGAUUUCGGAUAUGUCGCUCUCGAUAUACAGCACGUUGUUCCCGAGGAUGCUGGAGAGUACACCGUGAAAGCAAUCAACGCCAAGGGUCAGUGCAAGUCGUCCAUCAAAAUGCAAGUCACUGCAAAGGGAUCGAUCAUUUCGGACAGCCAACAUCCCGAAGGUUUGGAUAAAAUUAAACAACUGGAAGGUGCAGCUCCAUUCAGGCGGCCAGAAAUUCAAGAUGCCGUCACGAAGCAGAGACCUGUGUUUACUCAACCAUUGCAGAAUAUUGACUUCAUCGCGGAAGGACAAACCGCCCACUUCGAGUGUCGUCUUAUUCCAGUUGGUGAUCCAAAUCUAAAAGUAGAAUGGUACAGGAAUGAAAAGCCACUGGAAGAUAGCUCACGUAUCACGAAACAACACGAUUUUGGAUUCGUAUCGAUGGAUCUUUCCCAUGUUCGCGAGGAAGAUGAAGGUGUCUACAUGUGCCGUGCUAUCAAUCCGCUUGGUGAAGCUGUGACAACAGCUUCCAUGAGAAUCCGUACCAAGGCAAGCAUUCAGAUGGACACGCAGCAUCCAGAAGGUAUGAAGAAAAUCAUUCAACUUGAGCAACCACAUGCUCCACGACCUGCGGAACAGGAAGCUGGAUUUGAAAAACCUAUCUUUACCCAACUGUUGACCGGUCCAUCAGAACUAUGGGAAGGACAGCACGCUCACUUUGAAGCCCGCGUUGUCCCUGUAGGUGAUGCAAGUAUGAAGUACGAGUGGUAUGUAAAUGGUGUUGAGCUCAAACUUGGAUCACGUUUCCGCACUACUCAUGACUUCGGUUUCGUCACUCUGGAUAUCAACUCGACCGUGGCAGAAGACUCCGGUGUCUACAUGUGCAAGGCAAUCAACAAAGCUGGUGAGGCUGUCUCUUCAACUAUGAUGAAGGUCAAGUCGAAGUCUUCCAUUGCUGGUGAACCAUUGUUGCCAGAAGCAUGGGAGAAGAUUCAGCUCAAGGAAGCUGCCAUGAACCGAGUACCAGACAUGUUCGUCGAUACUACUCCGCAACAGGCACCUGUGUUCACGACCCAUUUGGAAAGCCACGAUAAACUACAGGAAGGUCAACAUGUUUACUUGGAAGCUCAAGUCGAACCCCGUGCCGAUCCGAAUCUCAGAAUCGAAUGGUUCAAAAAUGGUAUGGCGAUCACAACCGGAGCUAGAAUUCGUAGUACUUUCGAUUUCGGUUUGGUUACAUUAUCGAUAAACGGUCUUCGCGCCGACGAUUCUGCCAUCUACACUUGCAAAGCCACUAACAACUAUGGUGAAGCUGUUUCCACUGCUACUCUUAAGAUCGAAGGUAGUCACUGGCUUUUGGGAGAUACAUUGCAUCCAGCGUCUGUACAGAAGAUUAGCGAUCUAGAAGCUCCCCGAGCUGGUCACAAAGAUAGUCCCGAGCCACAGUAUGAGUCACCUGUAUUCGUCACCCAUCUGAACAACGUGGAAUGCAAAGAAAAUGAUAAUGUCCACUUCGAAUGCAAUGUUGAACCGUCCAAGGACCCAACUAUGCAGAUCGAAUGGUUUGUCAAUGGUAAACCACUUCCCACUGGAGCUCGCUUCAAGACUACCUACGACUUUGGAUAUGUUUCGCUGGACAUCUCUGGUGCCUACGCCGAAGAUUCCGGUAUAUACACGUGUAAGGCAACCAAUAACAAGGGAACCGCAUCUACGUCUGGAUCGUUACGGUGUACCAGCACCACAACUAUGUAUUUGGAUACCCAACACCCGCAAGGUAAAGCAGGAUUGGAUGCCGUACAAGAUGCGGAAGCUGCUUUGGCUAAUCGUUACAAACGCCAAGAUUCGAAACCAGAAGCUGCAUAUCCAAAACCAAAAUGGGUGGUAGAGUUGCAAUCCGAGUUCCGUCUCAACGAAGCAGAAUCUCUUCAUUUGGAAGGACAGGUUGAACCGAAAGAUGAUCCGAAUCUCAAGAUCGAGUGGUACUUCAAUGGAAAGGUUCUUGCUCAUGGAUCUCGGUUCAAGAUGACUAGCGACUUCGGUUUCGUUACACUGGAUUUGACCGAGGUGUACGAAAGAGAUCAAGGCAUCUAUACUUGCAAGGCUUUCAAUAAAUCCGGAGAAGCGUUCACAUCGUCGACCAUCUACUGUGUCACAAAGGAGAGUCUAAUCGAACGUACACAACACCCGAAAGGUACCGAAGGUCUGGAGAAGAUCCAGGAUUUGGAAGAAUCGCUUCGAAGACAAGCAGCCGGAGAAACGGAAGCAGAUGCUGGUCAUGCACCGAAGUUUACCUCAGAAUUUAUUUCCGUUGCAAAUAUUCGUGAAGGUGAGAUCGCACACUUCGACGCUACGCUGAUCCCGACCGGUGAUCAGACAAUGGUCAUCGAAUGGUUCUACAAUGGUAAACAGUUGGAAGCAAGCCAUCGUGUACGAACCGUUUACGCCUUUGGAAUGGUGGUGCUUGAAAUUUUAGGUACGAAGAUUGAAGAUUCCGGAACUUACAGCUGUAAAGCCACUAACAAAUGGGGAAGCGCUGAGAUCAGUGUAGAACUAGAAUGUGUUGAUAAGUCUGCUGGUCAGAAACCACGUUUCACAAGCCAGAUUCAGAACUUGGAGGGUUUGAAAGAUGGUCAAUCCGCUCACUUUGAAUGUACGUUGGUUCCAGUGAAUGAUCCCGAGCUCGUUGUCGAAUGGUUCCACAAUGGCAAGCCGUUGCGUCACUCGAACCGUAUCAAACCAGUGUCCGACUUCGGAUAUGUUCUGCUGGAUAUUGCCUAUGUACAAAGUCAUGAUUCGGGAGAAUACAUGUGUCGUGCAAGCAAUAAAUAUGGAGAGGACACAACACGCGCAACUCUACGGUGCUUCGGUAAGGGAGGAGUAUACUUGGAAUCAUUGCAGCCCGAUUCAUUGGCUAAGAUUCGUGAGCUCGAGAGCCAUGCUGGUAUGAAACCAACUGCCGCUGGAUCUCCCGUUGGAGAAGCACCUCGUUUCAUCACGAAGAUCUCGGAUGUCACUAAACUGGUAGAAGGACAGAGUGCACACUUUGAGGCUAGACUAACUCCAAUUACCGAUCCCGAUCUAGUGGUGGAAUGGUACUGGAACGGACAGAAACUACCCCAUGGCCAUCGUUAUCGUACGUUCCACGAUUUCGGAAUUGUCAUUCUCGACAUUCUGUACUGUUACGAAGAGAACUCCGGUGAGUUCGAAUGUCGGGCAACCAACAAAUAUGGAUCGGAUAGCACCAAAGCGACAUUGAAGUGCGUGUCGAAGGCUAAUUUGAUUCUAGAUUCGCAACUGCCACGUGGAAUGGAAGGAGGGCUGGAAAAGAUUCAAACGCUGGAAGAUUCUUUGAUUCGCACUCGCGAUGAACGUGAGCGUGUCGAGGGUGGACGUGCUCCCAUGUUUACCGUUCCGUUAUCGAACAUUGAAAGCUUACGGGAAGGUGAGUCCGCUCACUUUGAAGGUAAACUUACUCCAACCGACGAUCCCAGACUCAAAGUCGAAUGGUUCUGGAACGGUAAACCGCUCAAGACUGGAUCGCGUUUCCGCACAUUCUGCGACUUUGGAUUUGUUAUUCUGGAGAUCUCUCCCGUAUACCCAGAAGAUUCCGGAGAGUAUUCGUGUCGUGCCACCAAUGAAUACGGAGAGGCUGUUACGACGGCUUCGAUGAAGGUACAGGGCAAGCGUAGCAUAAUUCUGGAAUCACAGCUGCCGAAAGGAAUGGAAGGUACUAUCGAAAGAAUUGCUGAACUCGAAGGACUUGGAAUUCCUCAGGGUGGUCUUUCACCGGAUGACGAUUCUGGUAAACCACCAGAGUUUAUAACUACCCCGUCGGAUCAAACUCUUACAGAAAACUCAUUGGCACACUUCGAAUGUCGUUUGACACCAAUCAACGAUCCGAGCAUGCGUGUCGAAUGGUAUCACAAUGGAAAAGCUCUGUGGGCCGGGUCACGUAUCAAGACGAUCAAUGAUUUUGGAUUCGUUAUUCUGGAGAUCGCUGGUUGCUACCAGCGAGAUUCUGGUCUGUACACGUGCAAAGCCACCAACCGUCAUGGAGAGGCUACAGUAUCGUGUAAAUUGACAGUUCGUGGUCGCCAAGGUAUCAUUAUGGAACCACAGCUUCCGUCCAACUUCCGCACAGGCACAGAGAGUAUUCAGAAGCUUGAAGAGCAAUUGCACAAACGGGAAGAACUGAUGGCCGAGGAGGACGAGGGUCGUCCACCGAAGUUCAUCGUUGAAAUUAAGGACAACGAUGACAUCGCCGAAGGUGGACCAGUUCACUUCGACUGCCGUGUUGAACCGGUUGGAGAUUCGUCGAUGAGAAUCGAUUGGUACCACAAUGGAAAACCUUUCGCUACAGGAUCUCGAGUGCACAUGUUGAAUGAUUUCGGUUUUAUCGCCUUGGAUAUGGAUUACGCUUAUGUGCGUGACUCGGGAGUUUACGAGUGUCGCGCUACGAACAGAUGGGGAACCGCGUCCACAACGGCUAAGGUAACUGUAGUUUCUCGCGGUGGUAUUGUCUUGGACUCACAAUUACCGGAGGGUAUGACUGCUUCCAAACUAAAGGAAUUAGAGCGUGGAAAGGUGACUUUGAUUACACAGGAUGAACGUGUCUUUGGCCCGCCGAAGUUUGUGACUCAUAUUCAGUCUACGACCGUCGACGAAGGUGACACUGUUCGUUUCGAAUGCCGUGUGGAGCCGAAGGAGGAUCCUAAGCUGCGUAUUGAAUGGUUCCGAAAUGGGAAACCAUUACCUAGCGGUCAUCGUUACAGAACCAUUUACGAUAUGGGUUUCGUCUCUUUGGAUAUUCUGUCGGUUUACGUUGAGGAUGCCGGUGAAUACGAGUGCCGUGCGUUCAACGAACAUGGCGAAGAUGUUACCAAGGCACACGUAAGCUGUAAGAAGCUUCCGUCGAUUGUGCUUCAGAACCAAAUUCCCAAGGGAAUGCAAAAGUCGGAAACUUUGAUGCAGAUGGAAGCAACUAUCAAAAAGUACACCGAAGAGAUCUUCCUCACCGAGGAUGAUCUGUUCGAUCCGGAUCGCAAGCAGCCUCCACGAUUCGUAACGCAGAUCAAGGACCAGCUAACGUUGAAGGAGAUGCAAGCUACCAAGUUCGAAUGCCAGCUGGCACCAGUCGGUGAUCCGAACAUGAAGGUGGAAUGGUUCUACAAUGGCAAACCGUUGCCAUACAAGAAUCGCUUUACACCGAUCUAUGACUUUGGCUACGUUGCGAUGAAUUUCGCCUGGAUCUAUCCGGAGGAUAGCGGCGAAUAUUUGUGCCGUGCAACAAAUCUGUACGGUAUGGAUGAAACGCGCGCUACGAUUAAAACUACCGGCAAACCAGGAAUUAUCUACGAUUCGCAGCUGCCGAAGGGUAUGAAGAGUAUCCAGAAGAUUCGAGAAAUGGAAGCAUUGUGGAACUUGAAUAUACCGGAGGUUGUCGACGAAACUCAGAAACCAAAGAAGGAACCAGCGUUCGUCAGUCAUCCAGAGUCGAUCGAAGUCGAGGAAGGCGAGUGGGCCAGAUUCUGCUGUCGUGUCACCGGUCAUCCAAAACCAAGAGUUAUGUGGCUCAUCAAUGGACACACUGUUGUCAAUGGUCAACGCUACAAACUCACGUACGAUGGUAUGUACCACUUCGACAUCCCGAAAACCCGACAGUACGACACCGGAAAGGUAGAAGUCAUCGCCCGUAGUUCUGUUGGUGAAGCGAUCGCAACUUGCGAGUUGAAGAUCACACCACGCCACGACGACUACCGUGGAGUGUUGAAGAACUCUCCAAGACCCUGGUACGAUUACGAUCUGGUCGCCUAUCAGAAGAGUCGUCUCGAGACCGAUCUGGAGAUUACACUGCAAGAGGAAACCAAGAAGAAGCGGAAAGGUCUGAAAACGCAGCACCUCAAACCGAAGGACAAAAAGGACGGUGAAACGGAAUGGCAAAAAACGGUUAAGAAGAAGAAGAACGAGGAGUAUUACAACAAGCUCGCUCAGGUUGAGAACGAACAGGUAGUGAAGGAACAAAGACUACGCGAAGAAAAGCACCAGUUUGCAAUCCCUGGCGAGAAGGUCGUCGGUCAAUCACUGGCCAAGGGUAUGGCUUCUGCGUACGAAGAAACUUUAGAGGAAACCAAGGACUCGGAAACUUUGGAAAAAUCUACGGUGGAAAGGAAAAAGAUCAUUCCUGAACCGUCGGAAACUUCGGUCCAAGGCAAAGAGAUUCACGUUAGCCAGCAGAAGCAAACCCAGAAAGAAGUAUACGAUGAUAAGGAGAUAAUUCGUAAGAUAACUGCAACGGAAACCACUGAGGUUGAACACAAGGGCACUACUCAGGAGCGCAUAGUGGAGGGACCAGUCAAACCGGCCACUCCACCUGUGUUCACCAAGAAAAUUCAGCCAUGCCGUGUAUUCGAAAACGAACAGGCACGAUUUGAUGUGGAAUUCGAUGGAGACCCAAUGCCUACGAUCAAAUGGUUCCGCGAAAACUUCCAGAUUAAUAACUCGUCCGACUUCCAGAUCCACACUUUCGGAACAAAGUCCGUUCUGAUCAUUCGUCAAGUCUUCGUGGAAGAUUCGGCAGUUUUUGCGGUAAUUGCAGAGAACCGCGGAGGAACUGCCAAAUGCAGUGCUAAUUUGGUCGUUGAACACCGCCGUCAGCAUGGACGUGGAGGAGUUAUUCCACCCAGCUUUGUCAACACUAUUUCGGACACUGCCGUUACAGCCGGCCAGUUGGCUCGCUUCGAUGCCAAGAUCUCGGGAACUAAACCGCUCGAUGUUUACUGGUUGAAGAAUGGUCAAAAGAUUUCGCCAAACAUCAAGUACAAGAUUUUGGAAGAGGACAACAAUUACACACUGUUGAUCAUUGAAGCCUACGCCGAAGAUGGCGGAAAGUACGAAUGUGUUGCCAUCAAUAGUGCUGGAGAAGCCCGUUGCGAUGCGGUGUGCAACGUUGACACUCCGGAAACUCAUAUCAUUGAAAAACCGGCCACUCCCGGAACGGAGCGUCCACCGAAUCUGAUCGAACCACUGAAGGACAAAUCCGUUCCGGAAGGUCAAUCCGUUGAGUUCCGUACACGGGUUACCGGAAAACCCAGCCCAGUCGCUCAGUGGUUCAAGGGUGACAAACAGAUCAAGCCAUCUAAGUACUUCCAGAUGACUAAAGAUCGCGAUUCGUUCACCCUGAUCAUCACCGAAGCUUUUCCGGAGGACGAAGGCGAAUAUCUGUGCAUAGUAUCGAAUGCUGGAGGCGAAGUGCACACCACGGCCAGCCUGAAGGUGGUUACGCCCGGCAUGCAGGAUGCCGCUCCGAAGCUAACCGAAAUGAAGGACUGCCUCGUGGACGAAGGCGCACCGGCCCAGUUCAAAACGCAAAUCCUCGGCAAACCGUCGAAGGUGACGGUACAGUGGCUGCGCGAAGGUUUGCUGAUACCGGAAUCGCCUGAUUUUCAGAUGAUCACCGAAGGCACCAAUGCGGUCCUGCUGAUAGGAACGACGUACGAGGAGGAUUCCGGUCUCUUCACCUGCCGAGUAACGACCUCUGCCGGCCAAGUCGAAACAUCCGCCAAACUGAUAGUCAAAAGGCGUCGAAAGCAACUCAAGCAGGUUUACGCGACCGACGGAACACUGGUUCAGCAAGAUGUAACCGAUCAGUACCAGUCCCAACAGCAAACGACGCAAUCCCAUCAAACGGACCAACUCUAUCAGAACGGUCAGUACGAGAGCAGUAGCCAGGAGGAAUACGAUACAGAAUUCGUUCCUCAAGGUGACGAAAGUCUACCUUGGCGAAAAUCUCGCAGUAAUUUGCGAACAUCUGUUGCACCAUGGCGUCGUGUCUCGCAGGAUCGGCGUGCUUCACAGGACCGUCGGACAUCACGAGAUCGUUCGCUAUCGGUUGACAAACGGGAAGAGGUGAAACCUUGGACCGAACAGGUAGUAAAACUGAAGAAAACUGCUGUGCCAGUUAAAAAAAUCGAAAAAGAAAAACUAGAGACAGUACAACUAAAACCAACUCAGAUUCAGAAAACCAAAAUCCAAAAGGAACAACUGGAAACGGUUGAGCUACGUUCAUUAAAGAAAGAGCUUUUGUCGUCGGAAAUAACCGAACAGAAGAUGGAAGAAAUGGUCGAAUCAAUCAUCAACGAAGACAGUACGAUGGAAAAGUUGAGACAUGUAGAAGACAUUUCUAUUCUAGAGAUGACCAAACAGGUUGACGAACUGAUACGCAAGGAAACUAAAAAAGCCGUUCCCUGGAGUCGUGGUAAGAAGGAUGAAAUAGAACUACUGAGUAAACAACAGUACGUUGAAACGGAUGAAAGUACUUUGUUGAAAUUGGACAAGCAAGAUGAAACAAUCGAACGGUCAAAGCAGCAAAUGGAACUUGAAAUCAAUCAACAAGAGGGUGUUGCCUGGCGACGGGGCAAAAAAGAACCAUUUACCGAAACAGAAGACUCGACUACGCUAAAGAUAGCGGAAACAGAGGAACAGCACGAAGAACUGAGAAAAACUGAAGAAAAACCCGUGGCUUGGAAACGAGGCCCUAAGAAAACCCCAAAACAAACUGUAACGGAAACUGAAGAUUCUUCACAUCUGACGGUACAGCAAACCGAAGAACAAGAAGAAAAUGAACCCAUUCCAGAACCGGUUGCUUGGAAACGGGGACCAAAGAAGCCUCAACAACCUGAAGCAGUUGCGCAAAUACCGGAACCUAAGUCUGAGGAAGCACAAUUACCACCAUGGAUGCGCAACCGGAAACCAGGACCGAAACGGGAAAUACCCAAAGCUUCAGAACCAGAAAAAAUAGAACAAAUAUCUUUGAAACCAACACCUAAAACAAAGAAAGAAAUUCCCAAGGAAACCAUCGAGGAGGUAAGCCUUAAACCAGUUCCGAAGAAACCAAUUGUUCAGGAAAUAACCCCGGAGGAAACUGAGACUUCAGAUCUCAAAUCGUUCAAACCAGCAAAAUUAAAAGAACUGAGCCCACGUGAGGAAUUGGAAGAAGUGCAAAAAAUAGAGAUCGAAGAAGUUCCAAAGGAACCGGCACCACAAUUAAUUGAACUUCCUGUUUUACCGGAUGACAAACCGGAAGCUGUAGCCACAGAAGCCGAACAGCCCUCUUGGCGACGUGCUCAAAAAGAAAAACCGGUCGAGGAUAUUCCAGAGGAAAAACAAUGGCCAAGAGGCAAACGGCGUCCAUUGCCAACGGAACCUACGGAAGAGGUGACCCUGAAGCCAAUUCCCAAACCACAGAAAGAAUUGGAACCUCAACCGGAUAUACCCCUCAAAAUUGAUUCCAAAUCAGUUCCGAAAGUGAUCCCCACAGAUGACCGUGACACGGAAGUGAAAUUCAAACCAACCGAAAUUAAAGCAGAGCAGGAGGAAGUCCCAUCUGAAAAACAGGCAGCAGAUGACGAGUCUCAUCUACCUCCAUGGAGACGAGGAAAGAAAAUGACUCCUAAGCGAGUGAUUCCUCAGGAACCAGAACAAGCGGUUAUUGAGAAAGUUAUGCUGAAGCCCACACCUCGCCAGAAGAAGGAAGUCGCUAAAGAAACUUUGGAAGAGGUUACUUUGAAACCCGUUCCCAAGAAAACUGAGACGAUUGAAAUUGAACCCGAACCAACGGGCAUGACGACAAUUAAGCCAAUAGAUAAACCAUUUGAACUAAGCCCUGCUGAAGAACGCCAAACAUUGGAAGUUCAAAAAGUGGAUCAUGUAGAAGAGCAAUCAGAAGAGGAACAGAUUCUUCCACCUGUUCCUGUAUCAGAGGAGUUAUCGACAGAAGAAUCGGUUGAAGUAGUGCAACCAUCCCGGAAGAAAACCAAAAAACCCAAACCAGUUUCAGAGGAACCCGAGGAGAAGAAAUGGCCUACGGGAAAAAGGAAACCGCGUCCAGAAGAAUCUGAGGAAGAAAUUAAUCUGAAACCAAUACCAAUCAAGGAACAAGAGGAGGAACCAAAACCAACACAGCAAUACGAAAUUAAGUCAGCUCCAGUUCCGGAAUUACAAGAAGUCGUACCACCAGUAGAGGACGAGUCACAUCUACCACCAUGGCGACGUGGUAAGAAACCAGGCCCGAAGCGAGAGAUUCCUAAACCUGCAGAGCCAGAAACAAUAGAGCAAAUAAAACUAAAGCCUACACCAAAACAGAAGAAGGAGCUCUCAAAGGAAGCCUUGGAAGAAGUAACCCUUAAGCCCAUCCCCAAGGUACCAGAGGUUGAGGAAUCCGUUCUACAUGAGCCGAAAAUCUCUGAAGUAAAGGAAGUUAAAACACCCAAGCCUAGAAAACAUAUUAGCAAAGAAGAUACAGAUAUGUUGGAAAAACCCAGUUUCCCCGAUAUUCCAGAGCCAGAACCGGUGCAACUCGAGGAAGUAGAAAAAAUGUCAGUAGAGUUACCUAAACCUGAGACGCCAGUGGAGGAGCAACCACAAUGGCGAAAAACAAAGAAACCUAAGCCAGUACCAGAAGAAACCGAUGAAAAACAAUGGCCUACUGGUAAACGUCGUCCGUUGCCCGAAGAAACCACGGAAGAAGUUGUAUUGAAACCAAUUCCGAAACCACAAAAAGAAGAUGAACCUAAGCCAACAACAGAAACUACAAUGAAAUCAGAACCAAAUCCUAUUCCUCCCGAGGAAACACCACAAGUCACUCCAUGGCGUCGAAAUAAAAAAGAGAAACCCGUAGAACCUGUGGAAGAAGUUAAGGAGUGGCCAAAGGGCAAACGGCGUCCUCUUGAAGAAGUACCCAAAGAAGAAGUGGUGUUGAAACCAAUCCCCAAACCGAAGAAACCAGAAGAACCACAACCUCCGGAGGAAGUGACACUGAAACCGGUUCCAAAGUGGGAGGCUCCCGAAGAUGUCAAGAUACCGGUUGCGGAAACUCCGGUUAUAGAAGAUCUUCCCAAACCAGCAGAGAAAGUGGAAGAACCAACUCCGUGGCGUCGAGGUAGAAAGGAGAAACCCGUAGAACCUGUGGAAGGAGUUAAGGAGUGGCCAAAGGGCAAACGGUGUCCUCUUGAAGAAGCACCCAAAGAAGAAGUGGUAUUGAAACCAAUCCCUAAACCGAAGAAACCGGAGGAACCACAACCUCAGGAGGAAGUGACACUGAAACCGGUUCCAAAGUGGGAGACUCCCGAAGUAGUCAAGACACCCGUUGCGGAAACUCCUGUUGUGGAAGAGCUUCCCAAACCUGCAGAGAAAGUGGAAGAACCAACUCCGUGGCGUCGAGGUAAAAAGGAGAAACCCGUAGAGCCUGAGGAAGAAGUGAAGGAGUGGCCAAAGGGCAAACGGCGCCCUCUUGAAGAAGCACCUAAAGAAGAAGUGGUAUUGAAACCAAUCCCUAAAUCGAAGAAACCGGAGGAACCACAACCUCAGGAGGAAGUGACACUGAAACCGGUUCCAAAGUGGGAGACUCCCGAAGAUGUCAAGACACCCGUUGCGGAAACUCCUGUUGUGGAAGAGCUUCCCAAACCUGCAGAGAAAGUGGAAGAAUCAACUCCGUGGCGUCGAGGUAAAAAGGAGAAACCCGUAGAGCCUGAGGAAGAAGUGAAGGAGUGGCCAAAGGGCAAACGGCGUCCUCUUGAAGAAGCACCUAAAGAAGAAGUGGUACUGAAACCAAUCCCUAAACCGAAGAAACCAGAAGAACCACAACCUCAGGAGGAAGUGACACUGAAACCGGUUUCAAAGUGGGAGACUCCAGAAGAUGUCAAGACACCCGUUGCGGAAACUCCGGUUAUAGAAGAUCUUCCCAAACCAGCAGAGAAAGUGGAAGAACCAACUUCGUGGCGUCGAGGUAAAAAGGAGAAACCCGUAGAACCUGUGGAAGAAGUUAAGGAGUGGCCAAAGGGCAAACGGCGUCCUCUUGAAGAAGCACCCAAAGAAGAAGUGGUGUUGAAACCAAUUCCCAAACCGAAGAAACCAGAAGAACCACAACCUCAGGAGGAAGUGACACUGAAACCGGUUUCAAAGUGGGAGACUCCCGAAGAUGUCAAGACACCCGUUGCGGAAACUCCUGUUGUAGAAGAGCUUCCAAAACCAGCAGAGAAAGUCGAAGAACCAACCCCGUGGCGUCGAGGUAAAAAGGAGAAACACGUAGAACCUGUGGAAGAAGUUAAGGAGUGGCCAAAGGGCAAACGGCGUCCUCUUGAAGAAGCACCUAAAGAAGAAGUGGUGUUGAAACCAAUCCCUAAACCGAAGAAACCAGAGGAACCACUACCUCAGGAGGAAGUGACGCUGAAACCGGUUCCAAAGUGGGAGACUCCCGAAGAUGUCAAGAUACCCGUUGCGGAAACUCCUGUUGUAGAAGAGCUUCCAAAACCAGCAGAGAAAGUCGAAGAACCAACCCCGUGGCGUCGAGGUAAAAAGGAGAAACACGUAGAACCUGUGGAAGAAGUUAAGGAGUGGCCAAAGGGCAAACGGCGUCCUCUUGAAGAAGCACCUAAAGAAGAAGUGGUGUUGAAACCAAUCCCUAAACCGAAGAAACCAGAGGAACCACUACCUCAGGAGGAAGUGACGCUGAAACCGGUUCCAAAGUGGGAGACUCCCGAAGAUGUCAAGAUACCCGUUGCGGAAACUCCUGUUGUAGAAGAGCUUCCAAAACCAGCAGAGAAAGUCGAAGAACCAACCCCGUGGCGUCGAGGUAAAAAGGAACCUAAACCUAAAGAACCAGAGCCUUUAAUCGAAGAGAUCAAACUCAAGCCUACGCCCAAGCAACACAGGGUCGAAGAAGCUCCCAAAGAAGAAAUUGUACUUAAACCAAUUCCUAAGCAAGAGGCUAUCGUAGAGGAUUACCCACAAAUAAUCGAGCUAAAACCAGCAGAAGAUAAAACUAUAAAAGAGGUUCAAAUUGAAACUGUGGAAGAAGUUGUUACAAAAGUCAAACGUCGUGUGAAAAAGCCUAAAAAACCACAAGAAAACUUUGCUACGGAGAAUGUGGCACCAAUUGAGGAGGCAGAAUUAUUUGAAGAAGAUGAAGAACUUCCACAUGUUGCUGAGACUAUCGCAGAAGUCGUUCCAGAGGAAGUUCUGGAAUUGAUUCCUGAGGAAUUCCCGCUUGAAAAACCAAAGAAGAGAAAAUCUCGUGCCAAUAAACACGUUGUUUUCAAGGAAGAACUCAGUACCUAUGAAAUAGAACCAGAACAGAUUCAGGUAGAUGACGAACAAGAAGAAGAAGAGGAGGUUCAAGUGGUACAAGAAAUUUCACAGACCAGUAUCAAACUGAAACCGACGGAAAUUCCGGAAGUAAAGCCACAGCCACUCGAAGUUGUACCGUCGGAAGAAAUUGUUGAAGAGCAUGCAGAGUUCCGCAAAGAAAUGGAAGUCAAAAUAAAGUCCAACAUUGUGAAGAAGGAAAAGCGGCGACAUUUCGUGGACGAUAGCCAACCGUUGCCAGAAUUGGAAAUUAUUACACAGAAGCGUGUUCAGGAAGUUACGGACAAAGUAGCAGAAGAAAAUGUUCGUGAAGAGCGACGAAUCAUCGAAAGUACUCAGCAAACCAUUGCUGAGACCAAGAUACAAGAAGAGCGAAUUAGAAUUAGCAAACCGAAUGUUAAACCUCCAAACUUCAUCGAUAAACUAAAACCCCAAAUUUGUGAACCGAAUCAACCAGUUGUAUUGCAAUGCAAAAUAGAGGGAAUACCAUUCCCCGAUGUUCACUGGUACUUCAACGAUACAGUCCUGUUCGCCAAUCCCGAGUAUGUGAUGAACAUUGUCGAAGAUGUAGCGUCACUGGAAAUCGCAACCGUAAUGCCGUAUCAUGUAGGUGUGUAUGCCUGUGAAGCGAAAAACAUUGCGGGCGUAGCAACCAGUAAGGCAAAUAUCGUAGUUCAAGAAAAACCGGAAGUGGGAGAAGCUCCAACAUUUAUUACGCCUUUAAAAAUCUCGGUGGAUGAGCAAAAGACUACCGCAACCGUCACCUGUCAGGUGAGUGGUAUUCCAACUCCUACAGUGAAAUGGUUCAAGGACGAAGAAGAAAUUGUGGAAACUGACGAGAUUGAAACUGUCUACGAAAAGAAGACCGGACACAUUAGAUUGGCCGUGAGAAACCCCAAACAAAACGUGCCGGUUAUCUAUACUGUUGAAGCCGAAAACAAAUUCGGAAAAGCUGUUGGUAAAGCAAACUUAUUUAUACAAUCCAUAAUGAUAAUGAAACCGAAGAUUGAAAUGAUCGCUCCCAAGAUCGUUGAGCCUUUGGAAGCUCAAAUUGUGAAAACUGGUUCCACUUUGGUCUUCGAGUGUAGAUUCACAGGUGUUCCCAAACCAACCGUCAAAUGGUUCCGGAAUAGCAAAGAAGUUGUGGAAGAAGAGGAAAUUACAAUUACUACCGAGGAGUAUUACAGUCGAACUGUGAUUCGCAAUAUAACCAAAAAGCGCACAGGAAAAUAUGAAAUAAUAGUGCGCAACGAAGCCGGCGAAGCUAAAUCUUCUGCGUCUGUAGCCAUUUCCGAUUUGCCAGAUAUGGAUGAAGCGAAGCCACCUCGCUUCGUUGCCCCACUUAUUCCAAAGUUGGUAGCAGAAGCAGAAGUUUGCAUCCUUGAGGCUGUAGUCGACUCGUAUCCGACCUCGACGUUCCAGUGGUUCCGAGAGGGCACUGCCAUCAAGUCAACCAAUCAGACGCGCAUAGUAACGGACGAAAAUAAGUCCAUCUUGAUUAUUGAGGUGUUCAAUAGUGAAGAUGCAGGUUCGUACACGUGCCGGGCAGAGAAUGUGGCGGGUUCUGUGACAUCAACAGCCACCGUACAGGUGCUGGAUACUAUCGAAACCGAGGAAGUUACCGAAUACAUAUCACCACGUUUUAUCGAAACGAUAAAACCGACGCGUGUUAUGGAUGGAGAAAAGCUUAUACUGGCCUGUCAAGUUCAGGCAGCACCUCUCCCGAAGGUUCAAUGGUAUCACAACGAGCAACAGAUCAUCGAAACCAAGGAUAAACAGAUCCAACAAGACUCUACUGGUCGGUGUGUACUAACAAUCUCCGAGGUAUUUCCAGAGGACACAGGUGAGUACACGUGCGUAGCGAGCAACAAAUUAGGCGAGGCGGUUUGCAAGACUACAGUGAACGUCGAACCGUUUGAGUACGUUCCCGAUUCGGAACAAUUCCGUAGCUCCGAAGAAGAUUUGUUGACCGACAAGUCUAUCUCAACAUUGGAGGAAUACGCCGAACCGGUCGAGUUCGCACCGCAAAUUGUAAAGGAACUACCACGCGUGGUGAUGUCCCAGGAAAGGGAACUGACCAAGCUGGAAGUGAAAGUUCUGUCACAACCGAAAGCACAAAUUCGCUGGCUCAAGGCGAACGAAGAAAUCAUACCGUCCGAGGAGUUCCAAAUUGAAAACUUCGAGGACGGCACGUCGAUUCUGAUCAUCAACGAUAUCUAUCCGGACGAUUCCGGAACCAUUUCGUUCGAGGCUCACAAUGCCCUGGGAGUUGCCGUAACUACGACCGAGUUGGUAGUGGAAGAAAUCAUGGGAACCAAAACCUAUCGAAAACCGGAAUGGGUGCAAUACAUGGAAGAAAUGAAGGAAGCCUUACAAGAAACACCUGAUAUCCGCGAAGACACAACCACCACGACAGUCACCACAGUCGCUAGCAAGAAAAAACACAAAAAAAUCAAAUCAGAGAAGAUACAGCAGAAAACACACGAAGAAAUAGUCGAAAUCACACAAUCAGAAGAUCAAAGCAUUGUUACGAAAAAACAGAGAUUGCAGCUACACCCACUAAAACCCUUACUGCCGAGCGAGGAGCAGAUGUUGGAUGAUGUAGCUCUAGAAUUCCUGCGGUCACCUACGCGUGAAAUUUCUGAGCUUCCACUUGGAAUAGCCGAAAUAUCCAAUCUGCCGUCGGUACUCACCAUGGCUACCAAUCUCGAGCCGUGCGAACCAAUUCGUUCCACAGCUUCCGUUGACAUAGUUCCCCAGAAAUCCAUGGUCACUGAAGAAAUUCACACCACCGAAAGCGAGUCCGACACGGCGGUACUGGAUAGCAGUAAACUGUCUGCGGUACCCAAGUAUAGCCUAAUCGGUCUUAACGAAUCAGUGCAAGUUUUCGAAGUUCUGUCGGAGGAAAUGCCCCAUGAAACAAGUGCCCAAAAACCGGUAUCCCAUCUAGCCAAAACAGAAUUGAUUCCCACACAAUCCCUACAAAUUAGCGAAUCGAUGACACACGAUUCCCUUUCCGAUCUGUACACUAAAUCUGACGUACCGUCAAGUGCCAAAAUACGAUUGUUCACCCAUGAUGCCAAAAUAGUACAGGAAACAAUUAGCAGUCAAUCGGAGGAAAAUCUGACUCUCCCACAAACUCCCUUAACAACCCGAGCACAUCCUAACGUACUCUCGAAUGAAUCCGUUCAAAUUACAGAAAUUCACAAAGCCGAAAAAGAACAACUUCUCGAUUCACAAACGAAGCUUCCCUCUGUAGUUCCCAAGUACCAGUUUCUACAAUCGGAAUCCAUACAAGCCAGUGAAACCGUUGUGGUAGAUAGUCCAAGUAAAUUCUAUCCGGAGCUAGCGGUUCCCACGGAAACCGCUCGCAAAGUUUUCGUCGAACAAAAAUCGUACACUACACAUGUCCUGAAUGCCCCGGAAAAGGAAGAUAUCUACGUACCUGGUCGUUUGCCACCGGAGCAAAGAGCCGAUGUUCUAUUAUCCACAACGGAAUCACUUCAAAUUGCAGAGCAACCCACCGAAGAGCAUGAAUCCGAGUUGGCGGCAGCACCGGAACCUGUUUCUUACCAAGCCAUGGAUACAAUCACUACCCUAGAAAGCCUAACCACCGAGACUGUUAACGAUAGUCACACAACCAAGCCGUUCGAAACCGAUUCCUACGAAACCAAAACAGCCAACGUGGAUUUCCUCGAACAGACUACGGUAUCCAUUUCGAAGGUAGUCAGUAAUGAGCUAGAAUCAGAACUACCCGCCUUUGAACCGGCAUCCUCUGCGAAAGCCCUUCCGUUACUGUCAACUCUCACCGUUAGUCAAUCGGAAGUGCCAUUUGUUCAUGAGAAGGAAACUCUCCACCAAGGAGCUCCCCGUCCGAAUGAAGCCAUCGCCGAAUCUAAGCUGGAACCGAUGGAGAACAUUGCCGUAACCGAAAUCGAAACAGCGGACGCAGCAGGUCGAUUUUCACCGGAAGCCUUGGAUAGGAGCGAAACAGCCACGACUGGAUUCAUAUUGCGGCAAUCACAUGCCGUUUCCUCUGUGCAGACAAAUGACAAAGAAUCAGCAUUCGAUGGAAAGAUUGACCAAACCCCAGCAUUUGCUACUACUCAGCUCGACACUCAGUACCAGCUAGACGUGAUAACACACGAAACCAGCGAACGAGAAUCUCAUUUUAUGACACAGGAAAAGCCAGCAGAUCAAGUUGCCAAGACUGUCCCUACCGAUAUGUUGAAAUCCGUGCUAGUUCAAGAGACACUAACGAAUGUUUCGGCUACCGACUUCACCAGAUCUUCCCUAAAUAUCUCGGCAGCUUCGAUCAAGACGGAUAAUUUGGAAGAAAAAAUUGUAUCCGAAACCACAAUCUAUGAAGGAUUCCAACGAUACGAGCAAAUACAGCCGGAAACGAAAGUAGCAGAUUCCUCAAUGCAGCCCAACAACGAGCUAGUCGUCACAGAGAUCAUUACAGAGCAGAGGGAGCGUGAUGGAUAUGAUGUUCAAGAGAUCGCAAAAGAUUACAUCGCUAAAGCUGUUCCUACACAUACGUUGAGAAGUGUUCUGGUGAACGAGACUCUUCCAUCUGAGAGCUUAGACCAAGUUACCGAUACUUCUGCUGUAACAUCUCAAGCCACUGUCAAAGACGAACAGUUUGAAGAAACCAUCGUUACAGAGAAUGUACCUCUGGAAGCUACUCAACAUUAUACCACUCCAGAAACACCUGCAUCAAGAUCCGUUGACUUGAGUUUGGAACCUUCUACGAGUUUGGUUGUAACUGAAAUCAUCUCAGAAAUUAAAGAACAAGAGGGUGUCACCGCCACGGAUAUUGCUAAAGACUACGUUGCUAAGGCAUCAACAACGGACGCAUUGAAAUCCGUGAUGAUCGAGGAAGUUCAGUUAUCGAAUCGCACCGCGGAACUGAUUCAACCUGAUGUUAUUUCCUCAUCAGCCGCCGUGAGAACUGACGAACAUGAACAAACUACUGUUUCCGAGGCUCUAAUACUAGAAGACCUAAACCAACUUCAAGAUCACACUAAACCAGAGCAAAAAACAGCCGAACCACUGUUAUCUCCCAGCACGGAACUUACAGUAACCGAGAUAUUCGUAGAACAAAAGGAACGAGAGAGAUUCAACGCAUUGGAAAUCGCCAAAGAUUACGUAGCAGAACUUGUUCCCUCACAACUUCUCAAAUCUGUAGUGGUUGAAACAAUCGAAGCAACUGAUUCACUCGCCAAUGUAUCCAAGGUGCCAAUGAAUGAAUCCACCGCUGUAAUGAAAACCGAUAAGUUCGAGGAGAAGACUAUUAGUGAAACAAUAAUCUUCGAAGGUGUUAAAAAGCACGAGGACUUUGGCUUUGAGGCUCGUCAAGUAGAACCAACGCUGCUUCCAAUUUCCGAACUGGUGAUCACCGAAGUAGUUACUGAACAGCGAGAAAAAGAAGGUGUCGAAGUUGAAGAAAUUCCAACUUCUAACUACUUAGUAAAAGCCACUCCCGCUCAUACAUUGAAAUCGGUAUUGAUUCAAGAGACUCUAGCAUCGGAUGCAGUUGAUCAAAUGAUUCAAGAUACUCCACAAACAGGAGCUGCAAAUGUUAAAAGUGAUCAACUUGAACAGAAAUUCAUAACGGAAACGAUGGUCUACGAAGAACUGCUUAAAGUGCCUGCUGAACAAAAACCAACCGAAAGGCAAGCAGAUCAAACUAUUCAGUUAGUUAAUGAACUGUUGAUUACAGAAGUUUCUCCCGAGGAAAAAGAAAAGGAAGGAUACUCAGUCGUUGAGCUAGCAAAGGACCAUGUAGCAAAGAGUGUAGCAACUGACACAUUGAAAUCACUAACAGUAGAGGAAAUAUUAACCGCGGAAGUUUCCGAGAAAUUCGAAAAACUGGAAACAAUUACUGCUGCGGCUUCAGUCAGAAGUGAUCAACAUGAACAAAAGACAAUUUCGGAAACCAUGACUUACGAAGAUACAACUGCAUAUGAUGCAAUUUCUGAAGCAACCACGAGAAUAGCUGAGAAGAUUGUCGUCCCCAUCAACGAAUUGGUAGUAACCGAAAUAUACCCAGAACAAAAGGAAAGAGAAGGAUACGAUGUCACGGAAUUGGCUAAGGAAAAUAUUGCAAAGACAGUUCCAUCCCACACAUUGAAGUCGAUAAUGGUGGAAGAAGUAUUUUCCUCGGACAACGUUGAUCAACUGCAGAAACUAAAAGAGCUCACGUCAACCGCAGCAAUAAAAAACGAUGGAUUUGAGCAAACGGUUACAUCGGAAACAAUCGUCUACGAGGGUUCACAGUUACUGGUUGAAGAUGAGCAACCAUCGAUGAAAAAGGCAUCGCCAUUAUAUCAACCCAACACUGAGGUCGUCAUAACGGAAGUCAUACCGGAACAGAAGGAAAGAGAAGGAUACAGCGUAGAAGAAAUAGCCAAAGAUCACAUUGCAAAAGCGGUUCCAUCGCAUACUCUGAAAUCAGUUCAAGUUUCGGAAACACUGUCAUCCGAGAAUGUCGAUUUGCUCAUAAAAGAAACGUCAAUAGUUUCAGCUGCUGUUUGCAAAGAUGACAGACUAGAGGAAACGCAUGUGCAGGAAACUGUGACAUUGGAAUCUACCACCAAACUGGAGCAAGAAACCGGACCCGAUCAGAGAACCGCUGAAGCCAUCAUUACUCCGAUCAGUGAGCUCGUAGUCACCGAGGUUGUUACCGAGCAAAAGGAAAAAGAAGGCUUUAGCGUUGAAGACAUUGCCAAAGACUACACUGCCAAGAUAUCUUCGGAUACAAUGAAAUCAAUCACUAUCGAAGAAGUUCAACUAGAAGACGGUCUUGGACAAAUAAUUGAUACAAAAGCGGAUUCCAAAAUUGCAACCAUCACCAAAGAAGAACAGGAGCCAACCAUGACUGAUGAGACGUACAUUUUCGAGGGCGUUCAUCAAUACACUCCGGUGAAACCUACGGAAAAAUCAGCUGCGCCUAAUAUUGAAGCAAUUACCGAGCUAGUUAUCACGGAAGUUGUGCCAGAACAAAAGGAAAAAGAAGGCUACAACGUGCAUGAUAUUGCAAGUAAUUACGUUGCGAAAACUAUACCCUCUCACACACUCCGAUCAAUUCAGGUUGAACAAGUUCAGCUUUCGGACGAUGUUAGUGAUCUUGCGGGCUCGGAAACACUUGCUUCACAUGCCAAAUCAAUCGCUGGUGAGAUCGAACAGAAAAUCAUCUCCGAGACUGUUGUUAUGGACAGUAUCGAUACGAUGGUAGAACAAAUUCAACCCGAACUGAAAAAUGUAGAAGCCACUGUUCAACCGAACACGGAACUAGUUGUUACCGAAGUUAUCACGGAGCAGAAGGAAAAGGAGGGAUACAGUGUUGAAGAUAUCGCAAGCCAGUAUGUCGCCAAAUCGGUUCCAUCUCAAUCGUUGAGAUCCAUCAUUGUAGAAGAAGUCGUCUUAUCGAGUGCAACUGAGGAAGUUAUGGCCGAUGAGCGGAACCUCACAAUCGCACAGGUUAAAAAGGAUACGUUCGAGCAGACAACAGUAACGGAACAAACCAUUCUGGAACAUUUUGUUCAACUUGAGAAACCCAUUCAACCAGAGCAGAAAUCAGCUAUUCCAACUGUUGACCACAACCAAGAAUUGGUUGUGACCGAAGUAAUCUCGGAACAGAAGGAAACUGAAGGAUACAGUGUUGAGGAAAUAUCUAAAAAUUAUUCUGCGAAACAAGUUCCCUCGCACAUGAUGAAAUCAAUAACGAUCGAAGAAGUUCAACCAGCAGACGAUGUUGAGUAUAUUCAGCAAUCGGAAUUGCCUGUAGGUACAGCAGUCGUACGAAAGAAGGAGUACGAGCAAACUACCGUAGCCGAAAUUAUUCCGUUCGAAGGGCUCGAAAAAUCAAUAGAACAGACUGUGCCAGAGCAAAAAACUGCAGACGUGACAAUGCAGUCAUUGACACAGCUCGUUGUAACCGAAAUAAUAUCCGAACAAAAGGAAAGGGAAGGCUUCGAUGUACAGGAAAUAGCCAAGGAUUAUGCCGCUAAGCCUGUGACCGAAGGUUUAAUGCGAUCUGUGGUUGUAGAAGAAGUUCAAACAUCAGAUCUUCUUGGUGAUAUCGAACACACGUCAAUAGAGCAAUCCGCUACAGUGAAGAAAGAUCAGUUUGAACAAACCACAGAAAUCGAAACGAUGGUCUAUGAAAAUGUAAGCGGAAUCUACGAAGCGGCAAAACCAGAUGAGAAAUUAGCGGAAAUGUUAGUACAACCAAAUACAGAAAUAGUAGUCACCGAAGUUAUCAGCGAGCAGCGUGAAAAAGAAGGAUACAGUGUGCAGGAUAUUGCAAAAGACUACCAAGCGCAAGCAGUUCCUUCUAAGACAUUGAAGUCAAUCGCGGUCGAACAGGUUGAAAUAGCGGAAGAUGUAACAUCCAUGGUUAUUCAAGAGCAAGUCGAACAUUCAGCGGUGUCAAGUAAGGACGUGUUCGAACAAACAACCGUCACUGAAACUGUAUCCUUCGAAGAUGCUGCACCACAAGAACAGUCGUCUCUUCCGAAACAGAAAACUGCUACCACCUAUUUGGAGCCAAUGACGGAGCUUACCAUCACCGAAGUAAUUGCAGAACAGAAAACAAAAGAAGGAAUCAAUUUGGCAGAGACUGAACAUCAAACGGCUAAAACCGUACCAACUGAUGAGCUUAAAUCUCUGACUGUUGAACAAAUUCACCCUCUCCAUGGUCUAUCUGACGUUAUAAUCGAGAGUUCGAAGACAACCACGGCUAACAUUGCAACGGACGAGCUUACAACUACCACCGUUAGCGAAACUACCGCCUACGACGGAAUCAAGGAGUAUGUCGGUAAACCAGAGAUAGAUUCAUACUCUGCAAAACUUAUCCCAGCAGAUGUUUUCAAGUCAUUGACUAUAGAACAAGUAGAGCCAUACAUUUUGACUGGAAACGUACCGGAAGAAAUGUUACAACCUCUGUCCGUCGUAGAAAAAACUGAUGAACAGGAGCAGGUGAUAGCGACGGCUACAACGGCAUUCGAAUGCAUCAAAGAUUUUAUCGAAAAGAUAGAUUAUGAACUGCACACCGCUAAAGUUAUAAGCGGAGAUAUCCUAAAAUCUUUAACUGUGGAACAAGUCAUGUCUCUUCAGCAAACUGGUGACGUUGAUAGGUUCAUAACGAAAGCUACGUCAGCUCUUGUGAAAUCGGAAGAACAUGAACAAACUACAGUAACUGAAGCUGUAAUUUAUGAGGCAUUGAAGGAAUACUUGGGAACGAUACAAGCCGAAGGUCAAACUGCCAAACGCACUCCAGGUGAUGUUCUGAAAUCUGUAAAUGUCGAACAAACUCAACCACUGGAUGACCUGGAUAUGGUUCAAUCUGACACAAAGUCUCUAUCGUUAGCAAAUGUAAAAACGGAUGAGAGGGAGCAAGUGCUUAUAUCGGAAGCUACCGUCUACGAGGGAUUGAAUGAAUACGAUGUCAAGCAACCAACUGAAGGACACCUCGCAAAAUGUAUUCUUCCUGACGAAAGGAAAUCCCUUUCGGUCGGACAAACCGAAACAUUCAUUGGAAUUGGCAACGUCAUGACUGAAAGCUCCAAAUUUUCGGAAGCAGUCAUUACUACAGAUGAACUCGAACAAAAGAUCAUAUCCCAACCAGUCACUUACGAAAGCGUGCAGGAAGGCACAAGCACACUCGAGGUGGAAGAAAAACAUGCAACUCCUGCGUAUGAUGGCUUAAAAUUACCAAUCAAAUCAACAGUGGGCACCUCCGAUGUAGUUGAAGAGCUACUAAAUGCAAAACUGCAAGAAGAAAGUGCAAUCAGUGGGAUUAUUGAACAUAUCAUUGCUUCGAAAAGCGAAACUGUUUCACAUGAUUCGUUGGGCUUACUGAAGGCUACCGAAAAAGCAGACUCACAACAUGCUGUUCGACAGGUGUUAGAUCUGCAUGUACCAACACUUUUAGAAACUGUUCCCGAUGAAUCUCUCGAAAAGGUUAAACUUCCAGACACUGCAGCUGAGCAAAGCGCAACAGUUAACAUAAGCGAUUUCAUAGUACCAUUGCAGUCCCAUGUAAUAUCCGGUGACUCCACAACGCCGAUUGAGAAGAUCUCCGAGCCACACUCCGUCACACCGUACCGCAUACAAACAGAAUCAGAAGAAUCAGCUAUGCCAUGUCAAGAACCAGUUGAAACACAUUCAAAUAUCAAAACUCAACAAACACAUACACUCAUACAAGAACAAAUCGAGGAUAUCCCUAUUGAAGAAGUUGUGUAUAUUCAAGAGGUUGAUGACGAAGCGUUAAUUGCAGAACCUUCAGUAGAAACUACGAAACGAAGGGUUGUUAAGAAGAGAAGGGUUGAUACAAGGGCAGAAACUCGUGAAACUUCAAUUCAUGAUGAAACCGUUGAGCCAUUAAUUGUGGAAUCUGUUGCUAAAUUAGCCGAGCCACAAGAAACUGCUUUGUUAGAAGAGCAGAUACCGGCAACAUUCCCAAUUGUUGAAGAAUAUCCAGAAGAUAUCCAAAUCAAAGAAAGCGUUUCCCAAACAGGAGAGCGCAAGAAAACCGUCGUAAAGAAGCGAACGAUAAAGAAAAAGUCAGGCGAUACAGAAGAACUGGUUGAGGUUGUUACUGUUCAGGAAGACGAUAAGCCUCCUGAAACUGUUAUCACCGUCACAGAACAGGACUUCGAGGAAGUACUCGGAGAACAAACAGAAAAGCCUAAACUAAAGCGAAAGAAGAUUAAAACGAUCAAAACAUCAGAUGAUACGGAUGACAUCAUCGAAAGGUUAUUGAAUUUGGAAGUAAAGAAAACACAGCUCGAGCAAUACGAAAAGAUUGAUAUUGAACCCAAGAAAAAACCAAAGAGUGUUGAAGAAGUAACAGUAGAAGAAAUUCCAGAAGUUUUCGAACCGAUUGUUGAUGAUACUAUCAUGAAGGAUACAAAAAAGAUUGCAAAAAGGAAAACUGGACCAAAGAUGAAAAUCGCUGAAGUCAUAACCACACAAGAAGGUGACCAAGAACCUCAUAUCAUUAAGACAGUGGUCGAGGAAAAUUUAUCAUGGCCAAAACCGGAAGAAGCUCAUAUUGUCGAAGACGCUCCCGAGUGCAUUGAAAUGACAGAAACAGUUACUGAAACUGGCGAUUCUGUAACCGGAAUCAAACAGAAGAAGUUGAUAAAGAAGGUUACUAAAAAACUUGAAACUGAAAUUCGACCUGAUGAAGAAACGGAAGAGUUGUUGAUAAUUCCGACAAAACCGGAACAAAUCGUAAUCGAAGAGCUUCCUGAGCAAGUGGAAGUAGUUGAUAAAAUUUCCACUGAGGGUAGACCGACAAAACUAAUAACAAAAACAAAAGUUAUCAAAAAAAGGACUGGAAACAAGGUGGAAGAGGUUCAAGUGGUAACCGUUCAAGAAGAUGAUAAACCCGCUGAAACUACGGUGACUCUAUCCGAAGAAUCUGUUCCGAUUGAAUCAGUUAGUCUCGACGAUGUGCCCAAAGAAAAGCCAAAAACGAAAAAGAAAAAAAUCAAAACGAUUAAACAAAUGGGUGAUGACACUGACGAUAUUAUAGAAAAGUUGCUAAAUUUGGAGGUCAAAAAGACUGAGUUAGAAACGUACGAAAAGAUUGACGUGGAAUUCAGAAGACCAUCGAAGCAAGUUGAAGAGUUUAUAGUUGAACCAGUACCCGGAGAGCAAGCGGUCAUUGAGGUGUUGCCGGUCGAGCAUACGUUCAAAGAGAUCACAACCAUUACCGAAAAACCUAAGAAGUUGACAACCAAAAAACAAAUUAUCAAGAAGAAAGUGGGUGAUAAAGUAGAAACAAUUGAAGUGGUAACUGAAACUGAAGAUGAUAAGCCAAUGAUUUCUAGUGUAACGGAGAUGACACAACCCGAUGAAAGUGAAUUUGUUCCUCAAGAUAUCGUGGAAGUUGAACGGAUACCGGAAAAAUCUACCGAACAAAUUGUAACUACAAAAACUAAAAAGAAAAAACUUGCUAAAGAAUCGUCAGAAACAAUACCACAAGAAGAAACCGUCAUCAUAGCUCCACAACCAUGUGAAGAAGUUGACGUGACUGUUGAAAAAAUGCCGGAGAUUGUAGAGGUAACGGAAACAAUAACCAAAACAGGAGCACCAACUAAACGAACGAAGAAGACCAAGGUGAUCAAAAAUCAAAUCGGAGACACGGUGGAAGAAAUACAUGUUGUAACCGUACAGGAAGAUGAAAAACCUGCCGAAACUACAAUCACGGUUAUGGAAGAGGUUGCGGAGCCUAUGCUAGCAGAAGAAGUUCCACAAGAAAAGCCGAAACUAAAAAAGAAAAAAGUAAAAAGCGUGAAGAAAACGACUGAUGAUUCAGAUGAUAUUAUCGAGCGUUUGUUAAAUCUUGAGGUCAAAAAGACUGAGCUCGAAAAGUAUGAGAAGAUCGAUGUGGAAUUUAAGCCUCGAGCUAGAAAGAUACAGGAAACGUGGAUCGAAGAAUUUCCCGAAACAGUACAAUUGCAGCAAGCAGCCGAUGGGUCGGAAAUCAAACAAGUUACUAAGAAAAAAAUCAUCAAGAAAAAGUUAGGCAAGAAGGAGGAGACUACUGAAGUGACGACGGUUCAAAUUGGCGAUUUGGAACCAACAACCACCGUUACCGUGACUGAAGAGGAAGUUCCAUACGAACGUGCUGAAGAAAUUUCCAUCGAGAGCUCACCACAGAGCAUUGCAACGAUUGAGGAACUACCGGAAGAAAUACAGGUGACCGAGGUAUAUUCCGAUUUGGGAAAACCAACAAAACAAGUCACCAAAAAGCGUACUAUCAAGAAAAAGACGGGACAAAAAGAAGAAACAAUGGAAGUCAUAAUAAUUCAAGAAGACGACAAAGAACCAGAAACUACCAUCACUAUAACGGAAACAGAACCGGAGCCGGAACAACCUAAUCUGUCACCGGAAGAGGGAGCAAACAUAUCACAGCCGGGAGCUGUACCAAAAGCAAAGAAAAAGAAAAUCCGAACCAUCAAAACGAAAGACGACGCUGAUGAUAUUAUCGAAAAGUUACUAAAUCUUGAGGUGAAGAAAACAGAACUGGAAAUAUACGAACGGGUGGAAUUGGAACCAAUUAAAAAAUCAAAAGACGUACAGGAAAUUAUAUUCUCACAACCAGAAGCGGAGAUUGCUGAAAUUACUGAAGCAGAAAAGGUUUCGCCACAAGCCAAAAUUAUUAAGAAAAUCAAGAAACAACCAACUAAACAGCAGACCGAAACUGACCAACCUCGCCUUCAGGAGCCAGUAAUGGAGGAAAUUGCUCAACCAACUGAACCAGAACUGAUCUCAGCGGAAGUUAUGAUUCCUACGGUUGUUGAAGAAAUAACUGAACAUGAAGUGGCACCUGACGGCAGUCGACAAACGAUCGUCAAGAAGAAAAUAAUUAAAAAGAAGGUCACCAAAGACGUGAAAUCGCAAGAGGAACUUACUCAUGGUCAAGAUAUUCCGCAGAUACCCGAACAGGAUGAUUUAAAACCCGAGGAACCUAAACAGCAAGUCGAACCAAAACUCCAAGAAUACCUACUUGAAGAUGUCGUCACGGAAUAUGCAUAUGUAGAGCCCGAAAAACAAGAAGCAAUUGUACAAGAAAUCACCGAGGAAUAUUUAUCAUAUGAAGAAAAAUCGUUGAAAUCAAUGGAGAAGGAAAACCAGCGGCCGGAAAGCACACCCGAACUGAAAAAAGCUCCAAAGAAACUCAAAAAGAAAGUUAAGAAGCCUGAAGAAUCUGAAUCAGCCGAUGAAGAACUUGAACGACUACUGAAUUUGGAAAUCGAAAAGACACAAUUGGAAGAGUACGAGAAGGUGGAGCUGGAAGCCAAACCAAAACCCGAAAAGCCGAAGCCUAAACUGGAACCAAUUAAAAUCGAACGCAAAGAACAAAAACCCACAAAGUUGAAGAUAACGGAGCCAGAAGAGUUACCACAGACAGUCAAACUUAGGAAAACAAAGAUGCCAGUGAAAAAAGACGUCGAGGAAGUAUCAAUACCUAAAGUGUUACUGAAAAGUCGCAUCGUGGUUGUGGAAUAUCCUCCUGAGGUACAAUACUUGCAAAUCUCCUAUUUGGAUUCAAAGAGAGCCGAAGGUGAACUUACACGAACGGAAGACAAUGAAAAAUCGAUUAAACUAAAGAAAAUCAAGAAAAUCAAAUCUACGAAGCGUGACAAACUUGAUCUGGAGGAAGUUGAUUUACCAGAAUUUGAAGAAGAACAACCAAAAGAGGAGGAAACACCAGAAGAGUUAGCUAAAUAUCAGAGAAAACCAAAGGAAAAACCUAUGGAAGAGCAGGACGAGAGAACCUUGAAGAUUGGUAAAGGUAAACUCAGAAAAGAGGAACCUGUAGAGGAAUCGAUUACCCUUAAGAAAACUCCCAAGAAACCCAAGGAGGAAGAAUCCGGAGAAGGUGAGCCACACAAGAAACCCAAGGAAACACCGAAACCUGUAGCAGACGAUAAACAACAGAAACACAUUGGAAAACCGUCAUUUGAAUCGACAGAUAUCCCGGAUGUUGAGAUGAAACUUGACGAAUACAGAAAACCUUCGCCAGAACCUGUGGAACCCGAGGAAGAUAUUCAAAAAAAGAAGAAACGUCCAAAGAAAGAAAAUGAACCUUCCGAACCGGAAGUGGCAGAGCGUCCUCUAAUCAUGGGUAAGGGAAAAACACCAGAAGAAGUACCCGACGACGAUGUAAAAUUCAGAAUACCGACAUCGAAGAAACCUGAGGAGCAACAAGAAGAUAUUAAAUUAAAACCUUUCACCAAACCAACGGAUGAUGAUACAACCACGGAUAAACAAGUAGAUCGCGACCUGGCACUUCCAGUUUCUGUCGAAAAACCUGAUGAACCCGAAGAUGAACGUAGUACAUCGGAAACAAUAAAACGUAAAGUAAUAAAAAAGAAAGUUCCAAAAGAUAAACCAAAAGAAAAUGUACCGAUAGAACAAAUAAUUGAGGAUGUCGAAGGAACAGUUAUUGAAGAGUUAGAACCAACAAAUGAAACACCGAAAGUGACAAUGCCAACAACGGAACUUGAAAACUUAUGGCAGGAACCGAUCGAGCUACCAACCAUCGCUCAGGACACACAAUUGAUUGUAGAAGAGCAACCGGUUAUUUUCGAAGAAAAGGAAAUUUGCACGGACAAAGGCGAACGUGAAAAACAAACAACAAUUAGAAAAGUCAUUAAGAAAAAACGCCAAGGUAAGGAAGAAGUCAUUGAAGUUGUCACAGUUCAAACUGGCGACAAGGCUCCCGAAACUACGGUUACAGUUAGCGAGUUAAUCCCGGAGGAAUCAACCCUCACAGUAGACAAACCCAAAGAACCAAAAAUACGAAUGAAAAAAGUGAAGGUUCCGACCAAAAAGGAUGACCUAGAUGACAUCAUCGAAAAAUUGCUUAGCGAAGAAAUUACCAAAACUGAACUGGAAAAAUACGAAAAGUUCGAUUUUGAAAAACCAACCAAACCCGAACAACCGGUUGAUCAUGCAGGCAAAAAAGUGCCAAAGAAGCACAAACAAAAGGAAAUCCAAUUGCAUGAAACCAUUUCAUUACUAGAGACACCAACAGAUACAUCAGAAACUCUAGAUUUCACGCCUAUCGAGGCACAAACACCAGACACUAUACACACUUCCAUCACUGAAGAUAAGGUCCAAAUCAGCGCAGAUAGAGUGGAUAUCAAGGAAGAUGUCUACGAAACAAAGGAACUCAUCACAGAACUUCCGCCGAGGGAGGAGGUCACACCGAUGGAAAUUCAGCAGGUUGCUGCCGAAAGUCCUGUGGUUCACCGGAAGCCACUUUUGGAAGCUGCACCGAAGGAAGAACUUCUCGAAGCACUAACGGAAGAAACGGAUAACGCUCCGUCGCUUUCUUUGGACGAGGUACAAGUAGCAGCCAUUGAGGUUCCCGAAGGAGCUACCGAGAAACCAACGAUUCGUGGUAAACCCACAUUGGAGGCAGCAGCUAAACAAGAGCUAUUCGAGCAACCGGCAGAAGAAGUUGAUACGGUAUCUUCACUAACGUUGGAGGAGGCAUUGCCAACCGCGAUUGAUGUAGCAUAUCAAGCAACUGAAACUUCACACGUACAUGCCAAACCGCUGCUAGAAGCCGCUCCCAUUGAAGAACAGAUCGACAUUUCAACAGAAGAAGUUGAUACUGUAACUUCUUUGUCACUGGAAGAAGAAUAUGUAGCCCCAAUUGAUAUAUCUGAUCAAGCUGUGGAGAAACCAACGAUUGCGCAGAAACCAUUGAUUGAGUCUGCGCCUGCCGAGAGCAUGGUUGAUCAGAAAACUGAAGAAAUCGAAGUUUCACCAGCUAUGCCACUUGAAAAGGUACAGCUUGCACCAGUAGAUAUUCCAGAGCAGGUAACUGAGAAACCUCGUGUAACUCAGAAACCGAUACUAACGGCUGCACCCGCCGAAAGCUUGAUCGAUCAACACUCGGAAGAAGCAGAAACAGUUCCUUCCAUUGUUCGAGAUGAAAUUCAGGUCGCACCAGUAGAGGAAAUUUUGGCUGCUCCUGUAGAUCAAGCGAAGAUCACCCCCGAAGUAGAGGUACAAGUUGCUCCAGAAACACCGAAAAGGAUUAAGAAAAAGAAGGUCGUCAAGAAGGCACUUGAAGAGGACGAAGAGCUGCAACGGCUGUUAAACUUAACAGUUGAGAAAACGGAGUUGGAAACGUACGAAAAAGUCGAACUAGAUGCCAAGCAGAAAGUGAAACCAGAAAAGGGUGAGCCAGUCAAACUAGAACCUAUCAAAAUAGAACGAAAAGAACAGAAACCAAUCAAACUUGAAAUCACAGACACACCAGAACCACAAACAGUUAAACUUCGAAAAACCGUAAUGCCAGAGAAGAAAGAGAUCGAAGAGGUCACUGUUCCGAAGGUAUUAUUGAAGAGUAGGAUCGUGCAUGUUGAAUAUCCAACGGAUGCUCAACAUCCGCAGAUCAUCGACCUGGAAACCAAGCGUGGCGUUGGCGAGCUUUCAAGGACCGAAGAGGAGGACGAAGAGCGUAAGAUUAAAAAGAUUAAAAAGGUUAAGGUUAUUAAGAAAGAAAAGCCAGAACUCGAAAUCCUCGAUAUCGAAAAAUUCGAAAAGGAACCGAAGCAGUUAGAGGACACAGAAGAAGAAAAAUUAAAAUAUCAACGUCAAACUAAAGAAAAACCGGAAGAAGAAACCGAUGACAAGAAACUUGUGUUAGGGAAAGGUAAGUUGAAGGAAGACGUAGACGAGAAAGAAGAGGUUAAAUUGAAAAAGACUCCAGUCAAACCGAAGGAAGAGGCGCAGGUGGAGGAAAAACCAAAGAAAAAGAAAGAGGAACAACCGGAAACCGUCGAAGAUGUGAAAAAACGGAGACAUAUUGAAAAGCCCAAGUUUACUCCGACCGAAAUUCCUGAUGUUGAAACAGAACUAGAACUGUACGAGAAACCGCCACCGGAGCCAAAAGAAAAACCUGUUGAGGAACCGGAGAAACCGAAAAUACCGAAGAAACCGGUAGUACCAGAAAUUCCAGAAGAACCCGAACACAAAAUCAUCCUGGGCAAAGGUAAACUGCCGGAACCCGAACCAGAACCUGAUGUUAAGUUCCGAAUUCCAGUUGGUAAAAAACCGGACGAGGAACCCGAAGAAAUCAAACUCAAACCAUUUAAAAAACCGUCUCCUGAAAAAGAAACUACAGAACGCGAGGUCGAUCGUGAUAUGGCUCUGCCAAAACCGAUAGACCUCCCAGAGGAACCGGAGGUGGAAAUUGAAAUAAAGAAGAAGAAAAAGAAAAUUCCAAAGGUACCGGAAGCUCCUACAUCGGUUGAGGAAAUCAUACAAGAGCCACCGAAAGAAGUCGAACCAGCUCAAACGCUUGAGCUUCCGAAAGAGGAGACCAAAGUUGAAGAACCUCAACCGGUCCUGGAGCCCAAAAAGUCUGUAGAACUUCCAUUGGAAACACCAACCGAAUUGGUAGUGCCAAAACCGGUUGAAGAAAUAACAGUGGCAUUACCUGAUCAAAUUGUCGUUCCCGAGAAGCCCAAGGAAACCGAAGUGGAAAAGCUACCGGUAGCCGCCGUUACGCAGCCUGAGGUACAAGAACUGAAGGAAGACAAGAAAAAGAUCAAGAAAAUCAAAAAGCCAAAAGCAAAACCUGGAGAUGACGAUGAACUACAGCGUUUGUUGAACCUAGAAGUUGAGAAAACAUCACUGGAAGUUUACGAGAAGGUUGAUCUGGAACCAAGAGAAAAGGUGAAACCAACUGCAGAGGAGAAACCAAUUGCCAUCCCAGAGCCAGAGGAAACGAAGGUUGAACCAACACCUAAACCAGAACCAAUCAUUAAAAAGGCAGAUAUCGUUGAACAAGAACCUAUGCCCGAGCAAGUGGCACCAGAAAAAAUCGAUGAAAAACCAGUUAUGGAAAAAAUAACUCCCGACGAAGUGCAAGAUGUGUUGGUUAGCAUCAUAGAAGAAAACCCGGUUGACGUAAAACAGGACGUUCGCGAAGAGGAAGAAAAACCUGAGACUGUUGAAUUAGAGCCAGAACAACCACAGAAGAAGCCUGAAGAGAAAAAAAUCAAAAAGAUUGUAAAGAAACCCAAGAAGGCGUCAGUUGACGAAGAUGAACAACUUCAAAAACUGCUCAAUUUAGAAAUUGAGAAAACCGAACUGGAAAAAUAUGAGAAGAUUGAUAUUGAUAUUACCAAGAAACCGAAAAAGGUAGAAGAAGCACCAAUCGAGCCCAAGCCGGAACAGCCUAAGGUAGAGGAGCUACCGGAGGAGGUGGUUAUUAAACCGAAACCAAAGGAAAAGGUGGUAAAGCCGGUAGAGGAAGAAGUGGAGGUAGAUUUCAAGAUUGCAAAGAAACCACGCCUUCCGGAACAACAGCAAGAGGUUAAAGAGAAAAUCACACUGAAACCUACUCCACAGAAAGCAGAAGAAACAGUCGGAGUCGAACGAAUAAUUAAGAUCGAAAUAGAGCGUACGGAGCCAGUCACCAUUGAACCCGUGGUUGAAGAAGCUGAUGAUAUUACAACCCAACAGGAAGAUAUUCCAACGAUUGAGCCUCUAGUGGAAGAACCUGCGGACGAAAUUGUUGUCCCAGAGGAAGUUGUUCCCAUUCAACCCAUUCAAGAGGAGAUUUCCGAAGCUCAGCCACUAGUUGAAGAUGUUAUUCUGGAGCUGCCAUCGGAAGAAUCAGUAGAAAUUGCAGAUUCUGUUCCAAUUCAACCAAUCGUCGAAGAAGCAAUGCCUGUUGAACCAGUUCGCAAGCGAUCACUUAAGCCUGUACCACAGCCAAUAGCGGUUGAAGAAGAAAAACCCAAAGAGAAACCCAAGAAGAAAACUGUGGUUGUUAAGAAGAAGAAGGCUAGCAUAGACGAUGAUGCUGAACUACAGCGACUAUUAAACUUAGAAAUAGAGAAAACUGAACUGGAACAAUAUGAAAAGAUUGACGUUGACUUCAGAAAACGUGAAAAGGUUAAAGUUGUUGAGCAACCGAAGCCUCAACAAGCAAUUGAAUCAACCGUUGCACCAGAAGAGACCGUACAAAUCAAACCCAGGAAACCGAGUGUCAAACCAAAGGUGGAAACGGUUGAAGAAACAGAGGUUGAGUUUAAACUGAAACCGAAAAAGAAACCUGAACCCGAAGAGGUCAUACAAGAUGCAACAGUUACAUUGAGAAAGGAAAAACCAGCAGUUGUCGAGGAAUCUACUGUAGAAGAAAUUGUUCUGCUGAAACCGGUGGUACCGAAACCGGAAGAAGUAGAAGAUGUAGAAGAAUCGAUUAGAUUAAAGGCUAAACCUCAAGAAUAUGUGACUGAUGAGGCGGAAGCAUCACUGGAAAUUGUUCGGGAAGUUCCACAGGAGGAACCGGAGCCCGUUAAAAAGGUUGAGAAACCGAAGAAAAAAGUGGUCAAGAAAAAGAAAGACGAUGACCUGGAUGAAAUCACUCAGAAACUACUGGAAAUGGAUGUACCGAAAACUGAAUUGGAAAAAUAUGAAAAGGUCGAUAUUGAGGUUCCGAAAAAACCGAAAGAUACAACGGAAGACGUUGUGGUAGCUAGACGUAAGCCCAAAGCAGUCAUUCAACCGGAAGAGGAAGAAGAGGUUACCCACAGCUUGAAGGUACGCAGAAAGCCUGAAGCAGUAACCGAACCAGAAGAAGCUGAAGCCACCUUCAAGGUACCCAGGAAACAGUCUGCGCCCGAGAAACCGGAUGAUGUGGAAGCAUCACUUACCAUCACUCAAGAACAGGAGGUUGAAGCACCGAAGGAAGAAAUCACGGAGCACGUGGUUGUUAGAAAGCAACGACCACGACCAAAACCGGCCUUCCGCAGGGAAGUUCUGGACGAAGAGGAAGUACGCAUCAAAAAGAUUAAAAAAGUUCGUCAACCUCGGCCAGUCUUCAAAGAUGUCGAACCGGCUACGGUCACUUUCCAGCCAAGGCGCACCAAACAUAUCGAGGAUAUUGAACAAGAGUUCAAGAUACAACUGGAUUCCUACGCUAGAGAAGAAAUCUCGAUGACCGGAAGAGUGAAACUGCCUGCUCCAUACAGCUACGGUGAAGAGACGGGCGAAGCGCACAUAACUAUUAUUAAGGAAGUCAAUGAAGACGAUGAGGUAGUGUACGAAGUAAUAUACGAUGACAGUGAGGUUAGUGUACAGGACGAUUAUGAUAUGUAUGAUGAAGAUACGGAAAAUGUGGUCCUUGAGCUUCGCAAACGCAGGGAAAAGCUUGAAGGUCUCAUCGUACAUCACGAGGAGGAGGUUUCACUUAACCUGUCGCAGCGCAAACCACAAGUCACACACGAAGAAGAAUCAUUCACACUGAAACAACAAAAGAAGUCUUUGGCAACAUACUCUGAAGAAACGGCUUCACUGAAAAUUGUUCGAGAAGAAGAUGCCAGUGAAAUGUACUGUAUUCAAUCGGUUGAGGCUGAGAAUGAAGAAGCAUUGCACUUGGUGGAAGGUGAAAAACUAUAUGUAAUUGAUCGUAGCAACCCGGAAUGGUGGUUCGUCAAGCGCUCAUGGUGUGAGGAACGUGGUUUCGUACGCCGCGAACUGCUCAUGGAUGCUGUUACCUAUCCGCAAUACGUACAGAAGACUUUGAACGAGAAGAUCGAUAAACUACCGAUAUUCGAAAAGCCCGGACCGAACGAGAAACCACAGGCUCCGAAAAUUGUCGAAAAAUUACAACCCAUCACUACUCAGGAUAACUACACCGUCCAGUUCGAGUGUAAAGUCGAAGGUUACCCAAGACCACAGAUCACCUGGUUCCGUCAGACUGCUGUUAUCAAACCGUCUCAAGACUUCCAGAUCUACUAUGAUGAUGAUAAUGUAGCAACACUUAUUAUCCGCGAAGUGUUCCCUGAGGACUCCGGAACGUUCACAUGUGUUGCCAAGAACAUCGCAGGAUUUGCAGCUAGUUCAACCGAAUUGACUGUUGACUCGUUUACGUCAGAUCUUGGUUCAGAGUUGGCCACACUUUCACGCAAGAGUAUGUCCCGUGAAUCAUCUCUAGCAGAUAUCCUAGAAGGUAUUCCACCGACCUUCUCCCGGAAACCGAAAGCGCAAUAUGUGGAUUCCGGAUCGAAUGUGCUGCUCGAAUGCCGAUUGGUUGCCAUACCAGAGCCGGAUAUUCAGUGGUAUUAUAACGGUGUCGAGCUCACAAAUAAGGACAACAUCCAAGUGGCCGUUGAAUCCGACAUGCACAUGUACUGUACCGUCGUUCAGAUUCAGAACAUCGAUAAACAGCAGGAAGGUUCCUACCAGGUCGUCGCACGUAACCGCGAAGGUGAAUCGUCUCUCGAUAUCACCGUUAAGGUUAAAACUGGCGUUCCGGAGGCACCGCAAAUCUUGGAACCACUCAAGAGCAUGAGUAUACGACAGGGAGAAACUGUGAUGCUGUCGACACAGAUUGUCGGCAAUCCAACUCCCGAUGUGCAAUGGUUCAAGAACGGCGAACUGAUCAAGACCCCAACGCAAGCAGACAAAAACAUUUACACAAUAACUCUUCUGUCUCCAACCCAUGAAAAUGCCGGCGAAUACACCGUGAAAGCCAAAAAUCCAGCGGGUAGUGUAGAAACAACUGCAUUCCUGACUGUUGACGAAUCCAAUGUCGGAAACCCUCAGGCCCCCCUGUUCCUGGAAAGAUUCGAAGAGCAAAAUGUGCUACAAGGAAGUACAAUCAAAUUGCCGGCCAAGGUAUCCGGCAAUCCAGUCCCGGAGAUUCUCUGGCUACGUAACAAUAACACGUUGCUUCCAUCGAAGAAAGUCAAACAAGCAUACGAUGGUCAGAACAUUGAACUCACCAUUUCUAAUGCCGAUUCAGAACAAGAUUCCGGUAACUACAAGUGUAUUGCAUCAAAUACGGUAGGCAAAGCGUCGCAUGGUGCUCGCGUAACGGUUGAAGUCGACAAAGUAACGUUUGUGAAGAAAUUGAAGAAGAGCAUAACCGCAGAAGAGUGCAAAUCGGUUACGAUGGAGUGUGAGACGUCCCACACGGUAUCGACCAAGUGGUACCACAACGGAAAAGAAAUGAGCGGAAUGGAUCAUCGCGUGAUCGUCCAGGAGGGUAAAACUCACAAAGUGGUGAUCAAGAAUCCUACCAUCAAGGACACUGGUUUGUAUAAGUGCACCGUGAAGGAUCAGGUUACGGAGUGUAAUUUGAUUGUACUGGAAGCUAAGCCGGAGUUCUUGCGCAAGUUAGAAGACAUCGAAACAAAGGAGAAACAGGAUGCCAUCCUAGAGGUGGAGAUCUCAUCGGAAACGGCUGAAGUUACCUGGUAUAAGGAAGGUAAAAAGAUUGACGAGAAAAAGAACAAGUACGAAUUUUCCAAAAAGGGCAAGUCUCGGACGCUGUUGGUGCGUAGUACUUCUGUGCACGAUGAAGGUGAAUACACAUGUACCCUAGCGGAUCAAGAGUGCUCGGCUGAAGUAACCGUUAUUGAACUCCCACCGGAAAUUAUUACUCCCCUAACAGAUGUGACGGUUGCGCGAGGAGAAAAUGCGAUUUUCGAAAUCGAAUUGACUAAGGGUGAUGCCCUGGUGCGAUGGUACAGAAACGAUACGGAAUUGUCAUUCAACGGGCAUUACCAGCUAACGAUCGACGGAAAACGGCAAACUUUGAAGAUCACCAAAACUGUAGACGAAGACGCCGGAGUGUACAAAUGUGUGGUCGGUGACCAACUGUCGACGGCUCGUCUCAAGGUAGAGAAGCCAUUGGUCGAUUUCGUUAAACGAUUGCCCGACGUUACCAUCACCACGAAGGAAACUGAUGCGGUGUUUACUGUAGAGCUCUCGGAAUCGGCUGAGGUGACGUGGUACAAGAAUAGCAAACAGAUUAAACCUAACAGUAAAUACGAACUGAUUUGCGAUGGAAACACGCGUAAGCUGAUUGUAAAGAACUGUACGGAAGACGACGAGGCUGAGUACACGUGUACGAUCGCAAAUGUGAAAACUUCGUCGACACUGAAGGUCGAGAUUAUCAAAGUGGCUCCCACUAUCUUCGACGAUGGGUCCCGUGUGUUCACGAUCCGCAAGGAAGCUGAUGUUACGUUCAAUGUGAAGUUCAACGCCACACCGAAACCAGAAAUCGACUGGUACGUCAACGGAAAACUGAUUGUACCAUCGGCACGCUUUGUGCCGAAGGUAGGUGAGGAAACGGCUAGUCUAACCAUCCGGAAGGUUAUAGAGUCAGAUGCCAACGAUUACACCGUGAAAUUGGCGAACGAAUGCGGCGAUGCCAGUGCUUCGUUUACGUUGAUUGUCAAAAAACAACCUGGCGCCCCGGAUGCACCGGAAGCUACCCGCAUAACCGAUGAUUCAAUCACUCUAUUCUGGAAGUCACCUGAAGACAAUGGAAACAGUACAAUCGUCGAAUACAUUCUUGAAUAUCAGGAGAAAAAUAAAAAGAAAUGGACUGAAAUUAGCAACAUUACCGAGACCACCACCACGGUUACGAAACUAACAAAGAACUCCGAAUACACAUUCCGCGUAACUGCAGUGAAUGAAAUAGGCAAAGGGCCGGCAUCACCAAACUCACCGUACUAUCGAAUAGCUGCUCCUAUCCAAAAGGAAGCUCCGGUAAUCAGCGAACACCUGAAGGAUGUCCAUGUAGGACUGAAUCAAAGCAUAACUUUGAUUUGCGUUGUCAACGGAGUGCCGACACCUGAUAUUACGUGGUACUGCAACGGAAAGAUUAUGAAGGAAAAAUCUAUCACGUACGAAAAUGGAGCGGCAAAGUAUGUUGUGAGCAAGACUACAACGGAAACCAGCGGUACCUAUAUCUGUAAAGCCGUCAACGAAAUCGGCAGUGUUGAAAGCAGUUGUAGAGUUGUGAUCGAGGAGAAACCAACUCUGACGGUGGAAAAGAAGCAAAUCGUACAGAAGCUUCGUGUUGGUGACGAAUGGCGUGUGGUUGCCAACUUCGAAGGUUAUCCAGUUCCCGAACUUGUCUGGUACCGUGACGAUGAGAUUAUUCAGUCGACAACGGAACACACUAUAAUAACUAACGACCAAACCUCCACAAUAGUUAUAGGAUCGUUGGAUCGAUCGGACAGCGGAAAGUAUCUGGUUGAAGCUAGAAAUACCGCUGGAUCCAGCAGCAUAGAACUACAGUUGAAGGUGAUAGACAAACCAAGUAAACCGGAAGGUCCGAUCGUUGUCAAAGAGCUCAGUCCUGAAGCUGUCGUGAUCGAGUGGAAGCCACCGGCCGAUGAUGGUGGCUUGGAAAUUUCACAAUAUUCGAUUGAAAAAUGUGACGAUACUAACAAAAAUGCCUGGAUCAAAGUCGCCGAUGUGCAGAAGAACAUCAGCUCGUAUUGCAUUCAGAAGCUGUUGGACUCGACCCAAUAUCACUUCCGUGUGAUCGCCCAGAACCCGGUCGGUUGUUCUGAACCACUGGAAAGCGCUACGAUCACAGUCAAACAGGUUCAAACAGUCCCAUCUCCACCCCAAGGACCAAUCGAAACCUCGGGAAUGACGAGCAAAUCAUUUACACUGAUGUGGCAACCUUCCGAGCAUAAUGGUGGCAGCAAAAUUACCGAGUAUGUCGUAGAAAUCAAGGAAGCCAAGAAGAAGGUGUGGAAGGUUAUCGGAAGCACUAGUGCUAGCGAAACUUCACUACUGGUAGACAACCUGACAGCAAAUCGCGCCUACGAUUUCAGGAUAGUCGCGAAGAAUAAGAUCGGUUCUAGUGAAGUACUGCAAACGGAAGAAUCGAUUGUUGCCGGCAAAGAAAUCACUUCCCCUUCGGCGCCGCGCAAUUUGCGUAUCGUGAACGUGACCAGCAAAAGCGUCAAGCUCGAAUGGCUACAACCGGAAACGAAUGGUGGCUCCGAAGUGACCGGUUACGUGAUCGAAAAACGGUUAACCACUGCCCAGCAGUGGACGAAGAUCAAAACACUGGACGCCAACAGUCUCAGUUUCUGCGUCGACAACCUCAAAGAAAAGUCUGAACUAGAAUUCCGAGUUUUUGCCGAGAAUGCAAUCGGCCUGAGUUCACCCGCGAACUCUGAGAGUGUCGUACUGAAAUCACAUGCCACUGUACCUUCGCCACCGACUGGACCUCUGGAAAUACGUUAUCUGGGCCCGAACAUUAACAUUGCAGAAUGGGGUAUUCCCGAAUCCGAUGGAGGUGCACCAUUGGAGGGAUACAAUAUCGUCAUUCGUAACGUGAAGAAGACAAUGUGGAUGGAGGUAGGUCGUGUUGAUGCCGACUGUCAAUCAUUCAACAUCAAAGACCUGGCCGAGGACGAGGAGUAUCUGGUCAGGAUUAUGGCUCGCAACGAAGUAGGCUGCAGUGACCCACUGGAAUCUGACGAACCCUAUAAGGUUCUAUUGGGUGACGUUCCGGAGGACAUCCAUGACGAAACUACGCGUGACUUCUCCGAACCCACCGGUACCAAUACCUCGUCCUGGUUGAGGGAGCACAACAUGACCGCAGACAUUUCCAGUUACGCUAGACACAAGCUGCUCAGGAGACGAGAAUACUUCUUCAAGUUGUGGAUCAACGCGAAGACUCUGUUCAAGUGAACAGCCGACAAAAUUCCUAAUCAAAACUAGCUCAAGAAUAUUUUACUACGUAAAUGGCAUAUUAUACAUUCAUACGGACGGUUCAAUUCUCGUCGUACCAGAAAACUACUUUAAGCCAACUAGACGAAUCUAUUUAGCCAGACAUUUGUCUUCAGAUGUUUAACAUAAACACAAGUGCUCAGUUUGAAAAUGUAUGUAAAUGUUACCCUACCUACGAAGUCGCACAAAUAGGAAAAUUCUGGAAAUACACGACUACAAUUUGUUUCAUGUAACUGUGAUACAGUCGAGGAUAGAAAAGAUCAAAGCCAAAACAAACAAAAACAAAGCUAACGAAAGAGUUUCACAACGUUUCUAACAAAACAACGAAACAGCGAUUCUUCUGUAGGGAAAGCUGUCCAACAUUCACACUCCCGAAAUAUUCUCUUCGGGAGCGAAAACAGAACCAACCGAACAUUUUUAUUUCUAUACAUUAGCGUUUACAUGUUGUUAUAUGGUCACUAUAAAUUGCUUUGUUUCAUAAUACUAUUUAUUGUAAAUUCGUAAAUCAGCAACACUGGAAAAUUGCACCCGCGCGGAUUCCCGAUCAGCAUGACAACUUAGCAGAUCAACGAAACUGAACUGAGAUAGUGAGGAGUGACAAUUAGUAUAGGUGCGUAUAUUAAUCGAACCCCCCACCGAUCUGCCGCUGUUUGGAGGAUGCAAUUGCCGUGUUGGAUACCAUCCUAAUAGACAAGACGCUCGACGUCGAAGAUAGUUUCGAAACAAAAUUCGUACAAGAGUCAAAAACACUGUAUUUGUAGUUUGAGUUUUAUGAUUUGACGAAUCAAAACGAUACCUUAUGUUUACCAAUAGUGUGUUUUAUGAAAUAUAAAAAUGAAUACGAACGAAAA